ACAGAGAGACAGACAGCGGCUCCCAGCGGGCCGCACGAACGCACGCGGGCGCGCGCCGAGGGAAAGAGCCCGUGGCCACCAUCCCCCGCGGUUGCCCAGCCCCAGAGAGAACCUCCUCACGGGCAACGCCUCACCUGGCAGCCGCGCCCCGUCCUCGCUUGCUAAACCGCCGCCGCAAAUCUUCGAACCCGCCCAACCGCUUCACGGAGUUCCGCGGCGCAUGCGCGCUGGCGCCUUCCCACCCCCUCCCGCGGCCUGUGUCCUUAACCCGUCUCCAUCCGCAGCGUGAGGCAAAGACAAGCCUCUUCGCGAAAAGCGCCCCCGCCCCGCGGCCCAGCCUUCGCACGCGACAAAGGCAUGGGGGGGGGGGUAGUAACAAAGGCGCGUGCGCGACUCAGCCAAUACUGGCUCGCUCAGCCCCGCCUCCCCCAGUUGCUAUAGUGAUACCCGAGGGCAAGGAUGGGGGGAGGAGUUUCCCCCUUUAUCUUGGCGGGUCACGCACAAUCCCUUUCCUUUACCAAGAUGGCGGCUGGUCCUUCGUAUUCGGCAUAGCUGUGCUGCGAGCCCAUGCGAGGUAAGAACGUCUGCCUCCCGCAGGCCAGCCAGAACAUAAAGCGUGGAGCGGUAAAGGUAUACACGGAGCUAUUUGCUAGUUUGACCUUUCUUUUCGUGAAGGUUUUGUGGCUAUGGCGAGAUCACAUUACCGGAACAGGGCCUGCAACGCGCGGGAGCUCCGAUAUUAACCCUUAUUAGUAACUCUAUGGUGUCUUCAAUUUCAAUUGGCUGCUGGAGGGCACGUGGUGUCACUUGGCCAGUACCAUAGAGAGUGCGGGAAUGAGAGGUCUAGACUGUAGAGGUGACCAGCUGUGGGGGUUCCUUUGCAUUGCUUCGUACUGUAUUAGGUUCCGAACAGUGAACCUUGCGCUUAACCCAGUAAUUCAUUGCAAGCCGUGAAAACUAUAAGUGAUCUCGAGCCCGCCUUUUCCACUCCCACAGAAGCAAAAUCAUGUGUGUAAAAUGUUCCCUACUAUAGUUUAGGAUGGCCAGAUACAAUUCUCACAAAAGGGAUGGUGUCUUUCCUCAUCCCUACAUACCAACCACCUAGCAAAUGCCAUAUAUUAAGCUACUGGUAAUGUACAGAAGCCCUGCUCUCCUUUGCACCUGGUGACCCUGUUACGUUCAUGGACUACUGAGACCCAUACAAUGGAGAAUUUAGCACUUGUUCAUACUGUUUUCUGCCAGGCUGACACAUCUCUGGCUUUGAAAAGCCCUUCAUCUCGGUUUUGUGCUGUGCUUAAUUUACAAAGGCCAGCUGUUUUUGUGAAUUUGAUGUUGGCCCAGGCUACAAUAGCUUCCCCAUUUGCCACUUUACAGAUUUUAUUAUACCUUUUUUAUAACAUUUAUUUAAGAUUUUUUUUGUUAUACAUAUCUGAAAAUAAGUCUCAUUGAACUCUGCAGAACUUACUUUAGAGUAGCCAUGCAUUAGAAUGCACUGCAGCAAGACAACAUUACCAGUCUUAUUAUUAGUAGUCCUGGGUUUGCAUGUUAUGAAUUGAUAGCUUGCUAAUGAAUAAAAGAAUAGAUGCAGAAGAGUAGAAAUAAGCAGGAUAUUUUUGCAACAAAGGUAGGAACGUCCAAAGCUCUGUAAUUAGACAAGAAUUAUUUAACUUACUAAUAAAUGAUUAGGAACUGGUAUGAACUGCAAGAUAACCAUUUGCAGAAUUUGAGUUGGUGUGAUCUCAGCAAAAUUUGAAGAGCUUGAAAUGGAACUCUUCAAAUCAGAUUAGUGAGUAACAGAAAAUGCAGAUUCAGUUGCCAAUCCCCUGCAAAUUUACUUUAAAGCAAUUCCUGUUUUGCAUGAUGGGACAUGCAACACAAUCCUGUGUGUUUUUACUCAGAAGUAAGUUCUACUGGCUGAAUGACAGCUUUCUUCUGAAUACCUAUUUAGAAUUUCAUCUCCAACAUACACUGCUAAAGUUUGGUCUGCAGUCAUAUUCCCUACUUGCAUUCUUCCUCAAUGAAGCCUAAAUGUGUAACAGCAUUUCCUUCCACUUCUCUCUUACUACCUGUUCCUAUCCUGUUCCUAUUCUGUCACUUUAUUGUCUCCAAUACCAACAGAAUGUAGAUUUCAAACAUGCAAAGAACUGGGCUCUUCACAUACUCAAAAUACAGCAUGCAUAUUUAACAGCAUUUUAUUUUUUUAAAAACUUGUAUCUAGUAUGGUCUACAUCAGGGGUCAGCAAACUUUUUCAGCAAGGGGCCUGUCCACUGUCCCUCAGACCUUGGGGGGGCAGACUAUAUUUUUUUGGGGGGAAAUGAACAAAUUCCUGUGCCCCACAAAUAACCCAGAGAUGCAUUUUAAAUAAAAGCACACAUUCUACUAAUGUGAAAACAUGCUGAUUCUCAGACCAUCCGCGGGCCAGGUUUAGAAGAUGAUUGGGCCAGAAUCGGCCCCUAGGCCUUAGUUUGCCUACCCAUGGUCUACAUGGUGAAUUAUGGUUUUUUGAAUAAUUCAGUUUUCUUCCUGGUCAGAUAGCAUGAAUUCAACUAUUGCCUUAUAACUUUUUGAAGAAUGCUGAGACAGCCAUUUUUAAAAAAAUGCUUUUUUUGUCCCUUGUAGCUUUUCACUUCUCUUAAGCAACGCAGAUAAUUUAAACACACAUCCAUAAACAUUUCAAAUGAAGGAACCACUCUUAAUAUUAAGAUUGCUUAGAUAAUGACCUAGUUGGGAUGAUUUUAUCUCUGUUUAAUAAGCCGAGAUAUGUACAAGCCUUUUUCAUGUACACAGCCCCUUCACUCCUCCCUUUGUGGUAUGAGUAAUCAAACUAGGAAGUCUCACUGAUUAAUCUUGGUUUCCUAUUUCAUCUGUACCAGGGAACUGUGAUUACCAGCUUUUGAACAAGCCAGGCUAGUAACUCAUAGUUACUGAAGUUAAUAGCCAGAAUUUCCUGACUUUGUUGAAAUGAUAAACCAUAGUUAGAGACUCCCUCACAUGAUUGCUGAAGCCAUAAUAAAGGAAGGUGUGAAGGAACACUGUGCAUGAACAAAAUAUGAAGUAUGACCCUCUGAAUGUGGUCAAUCAGUUUAACAACAGAAGAAGUUCUUAGCUUCCCUAUUUGGAAAAUUUCCUUUCCCUUGAGAUACUUAUUGCUUAAGUUUGGUGUACAGAUAUGUAACUUCCAGCUACCAAUGAAUAUUGUGGGUGAAAGGUGUAUGUACAGUGUAUGAAAGUUUUCAUAUCACUUGAAACAACACAUUUACACAGUUCAUAUUGAGCAGUUAAAUCAUACUGAGCACAAGUAAGCUAAUAGAUCCAAAUUGUAGAUAAAUUUGUAUUGAACUGCAGCUUUAUGGUGAAAUAACCAUCAAACGUGGCAGAGGUCCACAAAUGUUGACUUGGCUAAUGAACCAGCUGUCAUGUUUGGCCAAUCCCUCCCUUCUCCCAAGGCUUCAGACUUUCACCCAAGAGAAAAGUGAGAACUUAUUUCAUUUGCACUGGCAUAUGGAGAAUGUAUAUGGCAGGAAUAUCUCCUCAGAAGAAAUCCCUAUUAUUUUUCACCAAACUGCAACACAAGUGAAAACUGUCAGGUAGGAAUCUUGUUCUGAGUGUCCUGUAUGCCAGAGGACCUGCAGUGAGUUGGCAAGUGGAGUUAUGCAAGCCUGAACCCUCAGGUAUUAAGCCUGUCUUGCUGCAUGGGCUGGGCCAGCCUUCCCCAAUCUGGUGCCCUCCAAAGAUUGUUAAACCUAAACAUUGUUAGUCCCUGCCAGUAUCACCAAUGGCCAGGGAUGAUGGGAGUUAUAGUGCAAAACAUUUGGAGGGCACCAGGUUGGGGAAAACUGGAUGAGAAAGCUCUAGUCACUGAUGGUAUUAUCAUGCAGCAUUCUAUCUUCAAAUGUAAUUACAAACUCUUAGCCAUCUUUAUGGUCACAAAUUCCUUGGAUGAAUCAAUCAAUCAAUCAAUCAAUCAAUCAAUCAAUCAUACCAUCAUAUUGUUCAUAUGGAUGCCUACAAAUCUAAAUUCUUUGAGACUACCAGAAACAGGUUUUGCAAGAUUAUAUAAAUAUAAGACCCCUGGUCUUAUAUGUAGACCAGAGGUCCCCAGCCUGUGGCUCCUGAGCUGCAGGUGGCCCCCAAACUCUUUCAGCGCAGCUCCCAAGCUGCUUGGCUGCUGCUGUUACCCUCCUGGCUUUUUCCUUCAGCCCUACACUGUUCCUCAUUGUCCCGAGGGACACAAUCUACUGCCACUGUCCUGUGCUUCCCUUGCAAAUAUACACCAGCUUCAUUGUUUCUUCUGGCCUCCAAGUAGCACCAUAGCUGCCUCUGUAUAUAAGAAUGAUUCCGAAUCUAUUUGAAGUGGCACCAGAAGAGGCAAGUGAAUUUUUUUCAGAUGAAAUUCAUUGAUUUGCAAGCCAGUGAUAAUCCCAGUGACAUAUACAAAUAAAAUAGUUUUUAUUCUGGCCUACCUGAUAUAUUUAAGGGACGCGGGUGGCGCUGUGGGUUAAACCACAGAGCCUAGGACUUGCCGAUCAGAAGGUCAGCGAUUCGAAUCCCCGCGACGGUGUGAGCUCCCGUUGCUCAGUCCCUGCUCCUGCCAACCUAGCAGUUCAAAAGCACAUCAAAGUGCAAGUAGAUAAAUAGGUACCGCUCCGGCGGGAAGGUAAACGGCGUUUCCGUGCACUGCUCUGGUUCUCCAGAAGUGGCUUAGUCAUGCUGGCCACAUGACCCGGAAGCUGUACGCUGGCUCCCUCAGCCAAUAAAGCGAGAUGAGCGCCGCAACCCCAGAGUUGGCCACGACUAGACCUAAUGGUCAGGGGCCCCUUUACCUGAUACAUUUACCAACCUAAAGAAAUUUGCUGCAGGCAUACUUAUAGUCUUUGGCACCACAUACAGUUUUUUUCAAAGAUGAAAAUUGUCAAAUCCAAGUGUGGGUCAAAACUUACAAAUUGACAUUUACAUGGCAUUUUAAGAGUGUCUGUCCCAGACUUUAACUUGGACAUCAGUGCCUUGGCUAACAGAAAACCACCACAGAAAUGACCAGGUAAGCUAUGUGUAGCUAUAUGAGAACGUAGAUUCCAUAAUACUUAAAGAUUGUUUCAAAAUGGAUUGAGUUCAGGUUAACAUUUCUUCGUUGACCUUUGGCUUUUUACUUUUGACCUUGAUUAGCAAAUUAAUAAUGUUGAGUCCCAUUUUGAUUCAAGCUGCCACCCUCUUUAGGCAUUGGAAUCUUGAAUGUGGCCCCCAUGUGUCACAAGGUUGGGGCCCCCGAUACAGACAACCAGUUCUCUGAGAACUUUAAUAGUCAUUUUCAAUCUAAAGAAUGCUAUAGUCAGCUCAACAUGAUGUUACAAACAAGAGGCUUGAUGUGUUAUGAUUAACCUUCGUAGGGGUAAUGGCUUCCUGAAUAGUAAACCAUCCCUUCAUUCUUUGAUUGAAGACAUCAUGUAUUAGGAUAUGUGAUGAAUGCUUUCUGGCCAUUUUUGUUUCUGGGAAUAGUUGGAUUGGGUUAGACAUCCUUCUUGGAUAACUGUGGGAUAAUCCUGUUCUUCAAAAAUUAGUAACAGAAAUUGAUUUCUAUUUGGCACACUUAAUAGUAUUGUUUUUACGUUCUUUAGACUGGCCAUUAAGAAAUAAAUACUGAUUUUUAAAGGGCCUAAGUGAAACUACUCAUUGCAAAGUUUUGCUUUUUGUGAAUCCACAAUGCAGACCUGUUUUCUCUUUCCUCCCUACCUACUAAAAAGGUGUUGUGCCUCUUGUAAGCUCACUUGCUUGAGACUUGUGUCAUCCUAAUAAUCUGAGAAUGGUGAGGGCAUACUAUAAACAGCUUUUCCUAGGAGGAGAAAACGUGAGCGAACAAUGGCAAAUCAGUCUUACUGAAGCUGUUUUAUCCAAAGGGAGGGUAAGCAGGUCAAGACAGACCUUUUGCCUUCCCUGAAAUUUCUUCUUUAUCCUCCUACAGGAUAUGUCUGAUCUUGAUAUGUGGGGGAGGUGCAAGUUAUGACAAGCUGUCCUCCCCCAUUUGGAAACUUUAAUUCCUGUUGAAGUCAUGCUGUGACAUGUUAGCACAACCAGAAAUUCCUACAUUAGGAGCAGAAAACAAUGGGAUGCAGUGGAACCCUUCCAGAAUAUAUUUUAUCUCCAGCAUGGAGUUGGUGGCAGGUUAGGUCACAUCUCGUAUUGCAACCGUAUAUUUUGAAGGAUGUAAAAUAUCUGCUUAAAUGUCAGGGUGUUUUUUUGCACAGACAACAGAAUGAGAUCUAGUAGCCUGUUAUAUACUGUGAUGGAUUUAAUCUUGCUGCAGACCAUCUAUUAGCAGUACAUGUGAUCGAUUGUGUGGUUUAUUCUGUAGAAUGUUGCAACACGUUUAGGGAAAACAUUGCAAGGAAACACGGUGAAAUGGAGAUCUGGCUGAGAAAUGCCUGGAGAGGUUCAAGUGAGUAUCUGAUUCUCACGAAAGUUUAUGGAUUGCUGUUGUAGGGGCAGUUAUCUGGAAAGGAAGUUAUAUUCUGCCUUGGCUUUUAAUGUUAAAAUUGUUAAAAGUCAAGGUGGAGAAGGCAGUUCCUGUGAAGUAGCAUGGAAGAGCCCCUCAGUGUGACAACAUGGGUCUCAAGAGUGUUCUGUUUUCAGUGUGGACCAGCAUGUGUUUAAGACCCUAGUGGUAUGGUUGCGCACCCAGCCCACACUUUCUCUCAUAAUUGCAAACUUUAAAAGGCAGGAGAGGAAUAACACAUGCUAAGCACUUUGAACGCUUGAAAACACUAUACUCAUGAGGAUUACUAAUACUGCUAUUUUUUUUUUUUAAGUGAAUAUGGAGAUGCAACAUUGUCUAGCGUCAGAAUGCUCCACUUCCCUUCCUUCUCGCAUGUUUUGACAUUGAUAGACAUAGUGACCUCGGCCAUUGAGGCUGGACAGGAAGAGUUGUGAAACACUUUUCUAGUUGAAGACGAUUGUACUAUGUGAAUAAGUUAAAAGAAUUCACACCAGGUUCCGAGAAGCUUAGAACUAGCUGGAUGGUGGUAGUCUAGCAAUGAGAGAGUACAGUGGUACCUUAGUUCUCGAACUUAAUCCAUUCCGGGAGUCUGUUCGACUCCUGAAACCAUUCGAAAACCAAGGCACAGCUUCCGAUUAGCUGCAGGAACUUCCUGCACUCAAGCAGAAGCUGCGUCGGAUGUUCGGCUUCCGAAAAACGUUUGCAAGCCGAAACACUUCCUUCUGGGAUUGCGGCUCUCGGAAGCUGAUUUGUUCAGCAACUAAGCAAUUCAGGAACCAAGGUUCCGCUGUACUUCUUGAGGGAGAUAUGGCAAGGUUCUAAGCACAACUUAUUUUGAUUGCAUUUAACUCUAUUUGAUAUUAAAGGAUUUUUCUAUACUUGAGGAUUUUGCUUUAGCAUAUGGAAGAGAAAGGGGACAUGUGCAGUUUGGGGAAUUAAAUUAUGUACUGUGAACCAAGCUCUAUGAAAGGCAAUACAGGCUCCCCCCUUACUUAUGUGGGGGUUACGUUCUGGGACCCCGUGCACGUGAAAAUUGCGUAAUUGGGGAGCACCCUUUAAAAACCCUCUCCGCCACUCUUUCUCCAAUCCAGGUCAAAAAUACUGGAUCCAAAAAUAUCCAGAACUAGAAUUGAAGCUCUGGGGCUGGCUGGAUGUUAGAGGAUGUGUGGAAAAGUGUUGGCUGCUGUUGCACUACCCCACAUGUCAGCUGUUUGGUGGGGAGGCUGAGCAGCCUAAACUAAGCCCACCUGUGCCACCAGUCACCUCACUGACAUUAUCUUCGGGCUCUGGGAAGGGUGUCUUCGAAAGCCACGAGGACUCUCCAGCUCUCCCCCCCCCAUUUCCAGGCUUGAAUCUAUUUGUUUAUUGAUUUCCCGGCACCAUGCAUAUAUGUGGUUGCACAGGAGUUGGUCUCGUGUAAGUGGUCAUCUUUAUAUUACUUAAUUCCUAACCUUUUCUUUCUUCCUGACUCAAAGCUGUGAACCUGAGUGAAUAGGGAAGACUGACCACAAUAAAAAGUUGCUGCUCAACACAGUGAUAUUUGACUGUUUUACUAGUCUAAACACAGCUUUGUUCUUUCUGAUUUUUUGUCAUAACAUUACAUUUUCUGAACAAAUAAAAAUGCAGCUGAUAUGCAUUUGGACUAGUGCACUGUGUCUUUUGACGUGUAAUAUGAUUCUUUUCAUGUUGGCAUCUGUCUGUCUUGGGAGACAAUGGAAGAGUACACCUUCGGGUAUAAACUCAAACCGUUGCAGAGUUACAGUGCUUGCUGGGGCUGUAAAAACUGAUGCAGAAGAGGCAUGUUUUAUUUUAAGGAUUUAUUCCUUAAACAUGCUUAAAAUGACAGCUUUGGUCUUUCAUUACAUUAUUCAAGAAACCUCAAGGUACCAGUAUGUUGUCUAGGUUAAAAGACAGGUUGAUACUGGCCUCAUUCACAUGAUACGGUAAGCCAAACUAUGGCUUACCGGGACCAUUCACUUUGCUCUUUCAUGGAUUUAUUUACACCCAUGCCAUUCCAAGCUAAGUCAGGCCCAUUGUUAAGCACUCUCCUUGCUGACAAUUUGCAGUAAAUAUUCAAGAACAAUAUAUUUUGGUAAUACUAGGUAAUGUUUAUCAGGCCACAGACUCCGUAUUACAUAAAGAGAAUUGGGCACCUAUUUGUUUAGCUAGUGAAUGCAAGGUUUGCAACAUGUGGAUCAAUAUCAGACUAUAAAGAGAGAUCAAACCAUGCCCUGGCAGUGUUCCAGGAUCUUCUGCAAGACUUGGACAGAGCAGGCAACAUGCUUAUAAAAUCUGCAGACGAUACUGAAGGGACUGAGAAAAGGAGACAGAUAGUUACUACUAUAUGAAGUAUUACAUGUAAGAAAUAAUAAUCAGAUGCACAAGUAUAAGGAGAUGGCCAACUAGCAGCAUUUCGGAUAAAAAUGUAAGAAUCAAAGUAGUGGAUGAACAACGAAAGACAGGUCUGCAAUAUGAUGCAAUGGCACAUAAGACCAAACCUGUUUUAGUCUGUAUCAACAGGAACAUCAUGUCUUGUUGACCCAGAGCAAUAGUACUGUACUACUGCUCUGCCUGGUGCUUGUAAAGCCACAUCUGAAGUUGUUUUCAGUUCUGUGUAUCCCAGUACAAGUAGAAUGUUGUCAAUGUUGAAUUAAAAGAAAAUCUUAUGAGAGCUACACAAAUGAUAACUGUUCUAGGAAGCAUAUUUAGAUGAAGAAAUGCUGAAUAAUGUUUGAGGGUUUAACAACUUAAAAGAUUAUGUAGUGGGAACAGAUAUACUAACAGUUCUCAGAUACUUUAAACAUCAGAAGAGAGGGUAAAUAAUUGUUGUCCAUCUUCUGAAGAUAGAAAUAAUGGUUUUAAAAGUCAAGGGUAGAUUUAGGUAAUUACUGUAUUGUGUGAUGUGGCUCUUAGAUUACUGUUGUUUCUUUAUUUAAUUACUGGCAGAAGAAAGUUGAUGGUUGAAAAUUAAGCACAACUGUUUACUUCAUACUCGAGUGGUCGGUGCAAUAUGGCGUACUGCUGUUCCAUACACUCCCCUACUUUUUUCCCAAGAGCACUAUUUUAUCUAACUCCACUUGUAAGGAAACCACCUAUGAAAUGUAACCUAUGUGCUAUGUACAAGAAUUGCUAGGUUAUGGUGACAAGGCAUUCUCAUACAGGUAUCUAACCCCUAGAGUUUUUCCUUAAACUUCAACUCCCAGAAUUAUUUGAGGUAAGCCUUGUGCUUUAAAUGUGUUGGAUCAUAUGGUGUGGGUGUGGGCGGUUUCUGCCUCCUGUGCCUAUGUUGAAAUUAUAGGCAAAGUAUUUUGAUUUGAACACCCAAGGUCCACGAUUAAAACUGAAUAUUUGUAUAUGAUGAUGAUGAUGAUGAUGAUGAUGAUGAUAAUAAUAAUAAUAAUAAUUUAUUUAUGCCCCGCCCAUCUGGCUGGGUUUCCCCAGCUGCUCUGGGCGGCUCCCAACAAAAUAUUAAAAUACAAUGCUCCAUUAAACAUUAAAAGCUUCCCUAAACAGGGCUGCCUUCAGAUGUCUUCUAAAAGUCUGGUAGUUGUUUUUCUCUUUGACAUCUGGUGGGAGGGCGUUCCACAGAGUGGGUGCCACUACUGAGAAAGCCCUCUGCCUGGCUCCCUAUAUUUCUUGAGCAUAUUCACUCCGACUCCGUGUUAAGUCUCACCGAGUUCCUGGGGCUUAUUCCGUGGUAGUCUGCGAGUUUAGGAUUGCAGGCACGCAGCACGCUCUUUUUACACUUUUCCUCGGAAUACAUGCCCAAGGUUUUGUUUCUGAGUAAACGUGCACAUGGUCGCCACGUUUUGCUAUGGAGGAGGUGGCAGGGGGAAGAGUUCCUUUUAGGAACCCUUCCCUUCAGUCCAAAUGGGAGAAUUCGCCUCCCUUGGCGGCGGGGCUAGUUGGGGGACUUGCAGCUCGGGCGGCAGCGUCGGCGUCGCUUGACCCAGCGCUUCUCCGCGCCUCCCCAGUCGCUGGCAGCUGGGCCGGGCCUUCCCAGGAAGGGAAAGGGAAGGGGCCCGGCUCGUCUGACGUGUGAGCCUGGGAUUGGCAGCCUCUCCCCCAUAUAGCAGACGGGAAGGUGCCUCGCCGCUUUCCCGGGAGCGCUUCGGGGCUUCUCCAGCAGAGCGAGCUAAGCAGGCACGGGCCGGAGUGAGUGCCACGUACGGGGCAGGAGGGCGGGCGCGCGGGCCGGGGGCGGCGGGAGAGCAGACGGGGAGGCGGUGGCCGCGGGAAUGCGGGGCGGGGGUGCGGAGCGGGGGCAGCGGAGAGAAAGAAAGGGGGGUGGCUGGGAGGAGGAGGAGGAGGAGGGAGAGAGCGAGCUGCUUGCCGACGUGGAGGCAGAGAGGAGGCGCCGGCACGGGCUGUCCUCCUGCGUCCUCCCCUGCGGAGCUGCCCCUCUCUCCGCAUUCCUCCCCCUGGAAGACGGAGGGCGACCCGAGCGGGGCGCACGCUUCGCGCCGGGGCUCCGUCCCCUCGGCAGGGAGGCGAGGAGCAGGAGGAGGGGCGGGGGAACCGAUCGGGCUACGUGUCACAGGCGCGCGGCAGCCGGAUCUCCUCCCCCUCCCAACUCAGCCGCAAAACUUUGCACCAACUUUCCUGGCCAGGUUCUUCCUGCUCCUCCGAGGAGCGACGGGGGUGGAGGAGCAGCAGCGGCAGGAAAAAAAAAAGAAAAAGCCCACUGCUCCCUCUCCGGGCCGGCGUGUCCUAGGCUCCUGACCUUAAAAGAGCCAGAAGAAAAAGCCGGGAAAGGGAGGGGGGCGAAAUGAGAGGCUUUGUGCUCUAUCCUCUCCACACACCCCGCUCCAUUUUGCAGGAGGGCCCCAGGCAACAUUCCUAAUCCUGUGGCUGAUGUGGACAUUGCAGAGGGCAAAAGCGGGACGCGGCCCUAAAGUCUGCUAGACUAUUCUCCCCCCUGAGGGUUGGUUGCAGGUUAUGGAGGUUCCUUCUGCCUACAGUAUUGAUUUUUUUUUUGGCGUGGAGGGGCGACAACCUCCUUCCUCCCAAGUGCAUCCCUGUCUACUACAUGAACGAAGUAAGAAAGAGUGAGCAAGUGGGCAUAAGAUUGCACGUGUGUGUGCGCGCACACACACACACACACACACACUGUGGGCAGCAGGCUGAAAGGAGUGGGUCCUCUGGCACUGGUCAGGGAGAGAGAGAAAGUCUGGGAGCUGUUUCUUGGUGGUUCCUGUCUUCAUAGAAUCACAGAAUUGUAGAAUUGGAAAGGACCACAAGGCUCAUCUAGUCCAACACCCUGCAUUACAGGAAUCCUUUGCCAAUGUGGGGCUUGAACCCACAACCCUGAGAUUGGGAGUCUCAUGCUCUACCAACUGAGAUAUCCUCUCGCCCAGUCCCCACCAUUGUGGCCCUCAGAGGGUAAGCAUAGGCUUGCCAGGGGCCAGCUGGUGGCGGUGGAAGAAGGAGCCACCUCAUUUCGCAUUGCAGGGAGCUCAGUCCUCCUUACUGGGGCAGGUUUCAAGCUUCCACUUGACAGGUUGGCCGCAAUGUGUGUGACACUGCCCUGUGGCAAGCACGAUGCCUGCUUGAAGUUGUUCCCAGCGCCUUACACACAGCAGCACCCUCUCCCCACAGACCCUUUCCCAGCAUUUUUGGGUGAUUCUGUGCUUGGAGAUGCUUGGCUACCCUCAAACAACAACAGCACCUCACCUGGUGUGUUCCUCACUGGCUUGACUGAAAAGGCCAGAUCACUAGGCAUCCACCACCAUUGUGCCACUCAGAGCAGAAAGCAUAGGUGAGCAAACAUGAGGAUGAGGUGGCCGCUCAGUGAGUGAGCAGUUUGCACCUGUGCUUUCUCUUUGGGCACCACAGUUGUGGGGAUUGGACCCAGCGGGUGAAAUCCUCUCUGCAGCAGUGUGUAGUGAAAGAGGGCAAACGAGUGGCAAGGGCCCCUUCACUGAGUGAGAGAAACAAAGUGAUUAGAGAACAUGGGAGCUGUUUCUUGCAUCCACCACUUAUUCACCUGCUUUUAUGAAGGGGGUGGGAAUGCAAGCAGCAACUGUUCUGUGCCCCUUUCCCCCUGAGUCUUAGGUGGGAGCAGGUGGGUAGAAAGUAGUGGUGCUUUUGCUGUACCCAGCAGAGAACAGGACCACAGUGACUUUGCAGCAGCUUGUCAGGGUCUGCGUUGUCGGGGCCUCCUGAGGCAUGGGCUUGUGAAGCUACAGGUAACUGGGGCAGCAUCUGCCGCCUUGCCCUCCUUGUGUGAGCUUCUGCACCUAUUGGCAAACUCCAUACCCCACAAGAAACAAAACUGCCCUGUAAAGGACAAACUGUAACUUUCUGUAGACUGCUUGCUGAUCUUAGGUUUAUAUGGGCACCUUUCCAGAGAUUAUUGCAAGUUGCUCAACUGGAGCCAGGAAUUUUGAAUCACUUAUAACACACAUGCCUGUAGAAUUCAUGAAAACCUCACUCUUCUCCUCUCUCCCUUUCUGUGUUCACCGCACCAGUAACUUUGAGGUUGGCUUUGCCUGCAGUUCUUUGGUUGUCUUUCAGUACACUGGUGCCUUCCCAGUGAGACUGGUUCCCUGGGUUGGUAGGUAGGCCUGGGAGGGUAGGGCAGGCUUUAAUUACAAUUACCUUGUUUCUUAGCACAUGUAAGAAACAGUGAAGUAAUGGUCAUGAAUAAAAGCAAGGCCCAAGGAAACAGGAGCGGGGGGGGGGGGGGAGGUUUCUGAAGCUGCAUUCUACUCUGCAGUUGCAUGGGAAUGAGGGCGGUUGACUCACAGAGCAGGUCUUAAUCACUCAAAAUUGGUUCAUGUGCAAAGGUGGCGUUGAAGUCUGCCAUAUAGAAGAAGAAGCCUUGCUGUGCUUUUGAAGUUCUCAGGCUGGGUGUUGUCUAGCAAGGGUGUGUGUAUGUGGUAAUAAAGCGUUAGUGUCACCAUGAAAGAGUUGGAUGCUGGGAAGACGUCUUGACCCUGAUCUUGCACAGUCUGGCAUGUGUUUGUGGCUGUCUGAGACUUGGAAAUGCUUUGAUGUCAACAGACUAAUCACACCGUUGAAGGGAUAUUUAGGCUUUUGCAGAAUUGGUGAGUCUCAGCCACCAUGGAUUUGAUCUGGGGAUGGGAACUAGUUUGGCCUCCUGUUUUUGGUAUGCAUGUUCUCCUGCCCCACUGCUUUUUAAUCAUGGAACUAAUGCUAGGGUUUUCCAAAAACCAUAUUGAACCAGUGGGAUAUGUCUGAGAUUUAGCGUCUGCUGGAGAUAUCCUAAGGAUUUGUGGUAGAGAAUAUUGAGUCUUUUGUUUCAUGCCAUGUGCCUUAUAAAAAUGCUUGUUACUCAUUAUUUCAAUAUAUUUAGAGUUAUUCAAAGCUUCCUAUCUGAAUCUCAUAAAUUUUUCAAGCCAAACUAAUUUUGAAAGUGUAAGUUCCAAAUAGAUAUAGAUUAGUAAUUGUUUUGAAUCUAUUUUAUACACACCUAACUCUUCUUUUAACAAAGCCAGCUACUUUAAAUCCAAUCAGUGGGAUCAUUCUUCUGUAGAUGGCUUCGAAUUUAGGGGUACGCAUGCAUAGUAAGUGCUCACAGUGAAUUUAUUUCUGUCUGAAGGAGUUAUUUAAAAAACCUAAACAGCUGCUCAUUAUCAUAAAUGAAAAAGUGUAUCUUUCUCUGUUUUAAACUCUUUCUAUGGGUGAUGAUAUUCAGAAUUCUAUAUUCUGGGUAACUUUUACUAAACGGAUUAAAUGGAAGAUCAUUUUUCUGCUGUAGAAGUAACUGGUGCCAAACUUUCUGCUGUAUUCCACUAGAAAUGUGUGGCUAAUCUGUUUGCCACAAAUGUGGGUCUGUGUGGUGUUGCUUUUGUAUGGCCUAGCUGCUGUAUCUUUACAGUUACCUCCUGUGUUAAAUUAUGGUUUUACAAGUGUAAUUUUGCUAUUUUUGCUCAGCCCAGGUUUAGUAUGGCUUAUAUCACAAAUUAUGUCGGCUGUGGAGCGGAGUACCUCUGUGUCCGUGGCGUGCGGUUUAGAACGAAACCCUGGGUCAAAAACUGUUGGCUAGUUUUUUCCGGCAGGCUACCGCAGAUCAGGAGAUGGCAUCCUGUCAGGGGCCUUGCUGGUGCUGACAGACAACUUUUAUGAGCCAGUCAACAAAUAACAAAACCCUGGCAAGCCAGUAUAGAACUUGGCUUUGCCGAGGUUUAAACCUCUAGCCGCAGCAGACAAAUGGGGAUUGCUAUCCUUGCUCAUUUCUGUAGCACUCUUUAGCAUACAAGGAUGCUUUUCGAUUCUUUUCCUCAGAGGGUUGCUAGCCCUUUAAGAUUAUCCUUUCCCCUCCCCCUCCAAAGCUGUGAAUGGUCUCUGGUACAGGCAGUGCUGAGGUGGCAUUUGUGAAAAUUACACUUGGCUCUGUGCUGACACUGAUACGCUGCAGGACCCUUCUGAAGCUUUUCUCCCUCUAAAUAACAGGCAGCUUGGGAGAUAGGCAUACACGCUUUCAGGUGUAAAAAUGUAUUAAUUUUAAAAUGAGCUUUCUUGGGGCGGGGUUGUUAACCAGAGUUUUAAGAAAUACUCUUCCCCCCCCCCCCCAGGUUAUUACAUAAAAUAAAAACAGUCUGUUACAGUUUUUACAUUUUUUUAUAUCACAAAACAAAAUUCCUUGCUCCUACCAUUCAUUCCAAUGUGACUGUUCAUUCCAUAUUAAUGUUUAUGUUGUAAACAUAUGUUGCAAUAAAAAUAACCUCCUUAUUUCCAUUAAUAAUUACUUGUAGAUGGGUCAUUGAAUAUGAUUGACCCUUAACAGAACAAACUCUGUUUUUCAUUGUGUGUCCUGCGUGUUAGCUCCUAGUUUUUGUGAAUGAAUGAAUAAGUUGCAUGAAGCAUUUUCUUUGUCAUUAGAACUGUAACCCAACUGCAUUGUAAAAGAAUUCACAUUUACCUUGGGGUAAGCUGUACUAAAGUAGAUUUCCUUCUGAGAAGACACAUAGACAUUCACUGUUUAUUUGGUGUGGGGUUUUUUUAAGAUCGGCCCUCCCACCCUGCAUGGGAACUGGUCCAAACUGCCAACCAUACUACUUCAUGAGGGAUUGGUUACUAAAAUGACCAGUUAUUUCUUACUAAUCACCAUUGUUUCCCAUAACUGAGCCUUUUUACCCUCGUAGACCCUGAUAAGCUUUUCCAUUUUGUGACAGAGCAGGCAUCCCUAAACUCGGCCCUUCAGAUGUUUUGGGACUACAACUCCCAUCAUCCCUGACCACUGGUCCUGUUAGCUAGGGAUGAUGGGAGUUGUAGUCCCAAAAACAUCUGGAGGGCCGAGUUUGGGGAUGCCCAUGAUAGGGUUUCAUGACAGGAAACUGAAAGUCUUAGGACCUAUAACUUUGGGCUGUGAAAACUUAUGUGACAUGGAGCCCUGGUUAAUCCCAUGAGGGCAGAAUGGUUAGCAAGCCAAACCUUGGAUAAAGUAGACAGGGCAGCUAUUUCAUUAACAUGGCAAAAAGUCUGCAGCCCAAUCCUUUGAUGAGAUGGAUAUUGAGUUCGGAUCUAGCUAUGUUGUCCUUUUUUGAUUAGCAGGCGUGCAUAUAAAGUCAAGGGGUGGUGUAUUGGGAAUACUAGGUUUGGGGGAAGUAAGGAUGCAGUAUACAGUCAUACCUUGGUUAUUGAAUGGCUUAGUUGCCAGACAAAUUGGCUCCCGAACGCUGCAAACCUGGAAGUAAGUGUUCCGUUUUGCGAACGUUUUUCGGAAGCUGAACUUCUGGUGUGGCUUCCACUUGAGUGCAGGAAACUCCUGCAGCCAAUCGGAAGCUGUGCCUUGGUUUGCGAAUGGUUUUGGGAGUCGAACUGACUCCUGGAACGGAUUAAGUUCGCUAACCAAGGUACGACUGUACAGGAGGUGGUGAUCGACAAAAAACGGAGCUGUUGCUUUUUAGGAUGGAGGUAGAUGCUUUUUUCUGCAAGAUCAUGUACUUUGCAGUUGAAGCACUGGUGUUGUCUUGCCUAGCUAUGAAUCCUUUCUUUACUAUAAUAAACAUUGGACUUCAAGAGGAAACCUAAUAGAUGGAACGGCCAUACCUGUGUUCUCGCACAAGGGGCCUGACAUGAUUUGUGGCUCUACUUGCUUUAAUAUCUAUCAUCUAUCUAUUUAUCUGUCUAUCUAUAUGACUUAAAAGUGAAGGUUUGUAUGUUUAUUACAUAUCUAUGCCACUUUUUUCCUUCAUCCUCACAACAACCCUGUGAGGUAGGUUAGGCUAAGAGAUGGUGAAUGGCCCAAGGUCACCCAGUGAGCUUCAUGGCUUAGUGGAAAUUCAAACCCUGGUCUCCCAGGUCAUAGUCCAACACUCUUAACUACCACACCACAACUCCAUAACACUUAAUCCAAAGACAAGUCCAAGUUUGAUCACAUAAGGCUUUUAAAACAUAUUUCAAAACCCUUGCUCUGACUCUUUUCAAUGCUGCUGCCGCUUUAAAAAGCUUAAACUUUGAUACAGUCGAGGAAUGGCCAAAGAAAUGUGUUAAGCAUGCUUGUGUCUUUUCAGUUUGUGGAGAACAAAUAGUUGGUGAUUUGGAAUGUUUGUUCUGUUUGACCUUGCUGUAAUCAACAGGACUUCGAAGUGUACUGUUUCAGCCCUUUUUGUUCUGCAUUUAAUUAUAUAUAAUGGCUUCUAUUAACAAAAUGCUAACCAUUUAAAUUAAAAUAGAUUAAAUUGCCACAUGAUUUGCUGUUGCUGUCUGAAAACGCCGUUCUUGUUGAAAAUUAAAUUAUAGCUAGACAUGUAGGGUGCAUGUAUACUUUGUGUUUUGCACAGAAACCAUUUCCAUGGAAUUAACAGGAGUUUGCUGCUUGCUUAAUACGUUUUUUAAAAAAUAAUAAUAAUUAUGUGGCUUAUUCGUUAUUUUCCCCUCCCCCAAUAACAUUGGUCCAAACAUGUGUGCAGAUCUACUUUUUUCAGUUUCCUUUAUGAGGCAUUUGCAGUUUGCUACCCAGAGCUGAAUUCUUUUAUGCUUCCCUUUGUUCUGCUGUAUUCUUGCUCUUCAACUUGCUGCCAGUGAUGAAUGCUCCAAAUUCACUGUCCUCUUUCACCUUUCAUCUCUCUGGUUUGAUAUCCAUCCUUAUCCCCAUAUCCAUCACCAGUUUCCUUUGCCUCUGGGAGUCUCCUCCUGUUUGUGUCAGAGGAGGGAAGGUCAUACACAAAUCUUCCUUUUUGCUGCAAAUGAGACAAGGGAUGCAAUCCACCAAUAUGUUUCCCAGCAGAAACCCAUUGAAAUGCAAGAGCGCUGCUGCCUGUUCAUUUCUUUGGGACUUAUACAGGAGAAUUUUAUGGUGGAUUCACCACUGGAUAACCUAACUUUCUUUCUGCAAGCAUACUCUUAAUUCUUCCUGCUUACCAUUCUUUGGCCAAAGUGGAUAACUAUUCCUGCAGUCUAGUUCUUUGGCUAAAAUGGAAAAUAAGUGAGCUUGGUACUGUUGCUUGUUAGGUCUCUGUAACCUUAGUAGUCUGCCUCUCCGCCUGCUGACAUCUCAGCUUUUGAUUCGUAAAGCAUUUCUCUUUCAGCUGGCUGAUUUUAAAAAUCCACCUCCCAUAUGUUUUGGUAGCUCUCUCUCUCCCUGGGUAGUUGAAAUAGUACAAGACUUUGGGUGGGGGGAUUAUUGCAGUUCUUUAUUAUAAAAUGAGCCAUGUUUAACUUACUAUUUUUAUUACAAAAUUUUAAAAGUUUGACUUUUAAUUGCAAAGGGAAGUUAGAGAGUAGGGUGUGUAUAAACAGGAUUAAAAAUAACAAAUGCAUGGCUAUGAAAUGUUAGGAUUUAUUUAUUUUGCUGUUUGUAACCAUUUCUAGUAGCUAGCACUGGCAGUAUCCAGGCCUUUGGGUUGCAAAGAAAUUGUGGGAGUAAAGACUUGUUGUAUAGGAGCAGGGUGUCCUUCUAUAAAUGAAUAAAUAAACAGGUGAGGCACGUACUGAAAAAGUAACAUGAUAAUGUUGCAAAAGUAGCGCUAGAUGGCUGUCUCAGUUAAGUAAUACUAUCUAUUAUUUACUUAUUUUGCUAUGCCACCUGAGAAUUUCGAAGUGAACAGUUAUUUGAUCACCAGUAUUGGAAAUGUACCUGUCUCAGGCGACAGGAUAAAAUACAUAAGGUUAUAUCCAACAUUAGUCAAACUCAGAGUAGAUUGCUUGAAAUGGAUGGACUUAAGGAACUUAAAUAACUUAAUUUCAAUAUGUCUGCUCUGAGUAUGACUAACAGAUGUCACACAAAGAAUUUACUCCCCCCCUUUAAAAAAAGAUACAUUAAAAGGACACUGCUGUUUUUAAAGUACAUUUGAAUAAUGUUAAAAGUUUUUUCAUGUAAUGGCUUAAAUGGUAUUAUGAUCCCCUAUCAAUUAUAUUGAACCAAAGGCUGCAUUUACAUUGGUACCUCGGGUUAAGAACUUAAUUCGUUCUGAAGGUCCAUUCUUAACCUGAAACUGUUCUUAAGCUAAUGGGGCCUCCCGUUGCUGCCGCCGCGUGAUUUCUGUUCUCAUCCUGAAGCAAAGUUCUUAACCCAAGGUACUAUUUCUGGGUUAGUGGAGUCUGUAACCUGAAGCGUCUGUAACCUGAAGCCUCUGUAACCCAAGGUACCACUGUAUAUGCAUAAAAACUGUUGGGGAGGAGUGAGUCACAAGUCAUGUGUUUUCUGCAACCACAGACUAGCAAGGAGGUAGGAGAUGCUGGACUGUUUGUCACUUGGUUUAUGCAUGGAAGCCUCUAUGGUUGAUAUUUGUACUCCUGUUUUAAGUCUUCCAACUAUUUGAACUUUGCAGUGUGCUUCAUUCGAAAUUACGAAUAUUUAUCUUCAUUUUACUAAGCAAAUAAAAUAGAUCAGCUGUGUACAAUUAUUUUCCAUAUAUUAGACAAAUAUUUCCCACUCUUCUUUAAAUAUACGGUCUUCUUGCAAGUUCUGCAUAUUCUAACAUCAUAAGUUGCCAGUCCUCUUUACAAGCGACUUCACUCACUUUCCAUUUUUGGGCUAACAGAACACGGGCCGCUGUUGUUGCAUACAUAAACUCUUCUGGCUUGUUUAUUGUUUCCCAUUCUAAUAAGAAAUUAUACAUUUUAGACAGAAGUUUAUCCUUAUUUUGUAAAAGUUCUUUUUCAGAUUGUGAGCUUUGGUCCAAAAACCCAUUUUUUUUGGUCUACCUUAAACAUAGCAUAUAUUUGGUGGUAUUGUAACCAAUCCGUUACUUGGCUUCUUAAGUUCUCCAUAGGUUUCAGUCUGGGUUCGCCUCCUGCAAAGUCCGGCAAUUCCCUCUAAGUCACCCAUUGUCUGUCCAUAUUAACUCUCUUAAUUGUAAUUGCUUCGAUGUGGGGUGUUUUUCUUUCUAGCAGAUCUUUAUAUAACUUCCAGACUCUAUACAAAUUUUUCCUGAGAAUGUGGUUCAUACCGAACACAUUCAUGCCUGCCGAAGUUUAAGUCUUGGCCUUCCAAGUCUAAAAUAUCUGCAUUACCCAAUACAAUCCAUUCCUUUAACCAACACAAACAAGCUGCCUCUUACAAUUGCAAGUCUGGCAGAGCAAAGCCCCUCUUCCUUUUGUAUCUAUCAAAAUUUUAUAUUUAAUUAUUGGCUUUUCAGGAUUGUAUUCUUAGACUAAAUGUAAAUUAUUAUUUGUGCAUGUAUUUGCAGAUGUGAUUCUACAGUGCUUGUUGCACAUAUGCAAAAAAAUGUUUUGAAUUAUGCUCCUGAGCUCUGCUCGGUAUUAAACAAAUGCCUUUCAUUGUUUUUAUAGCAGCCAGGAAACAUGUGAAUUUCACAGUGAGAGACAUUAUUUUGGAUGAAUAAUUGAAAAAGAACUUUCAUUUCACCUUGAUUUAAAUUAAUCCAUGCUGCAGCACUUUGCCUUUUUGCUUCUUUUUUUGGCAGUGCUUGCAUACUUUUGAGAUAAAAUGUUUUCUUUGUUAAACGUUGAUAAGCAAUUGAUCGAUGAAGUGAUCCUAAUCUUAAACAAUAGCCAUCUGCAUUUGGCAGUGUGCCACAGGGCAUAACAUAACUGGAGAUAGCAAUAUUUUCACUAAUUGUGGCCUGACAUCCAUUAUGUUAAUGCAGAUUUAUUAGUAGUAUAAUUAGAAUGCACACAUGAGUUUGCAUUGUAUUUUCAUUGUGGCCCCAGGAUUUGAAUAAACCGGGCAGCCAUUAAUAAUGAUCUAGGAAGAGCCUGUGGAGUCAGGCCAGUGGUCUAUGUAGUCCAACAUCCUGUUCUCACAAGUGACCAACCAGAUGGCUACAGGAAACGGGCAAACAGGAUUCAGGCCUAAGAGCACACUCCCCACCUAUGGUUUCCAGCAACUGGUGUUCAGAAGAAGCAUUGCUGCCUCUGAAUGUUCAGCCAGAGCUUAGCUAUCAUGGCUAGUAGCCAUUAAUGAUAUUAUUCUUCGACAGUUACAACCCGUGUAGCCAAGUUGCCCUCUUAUUCCAAGAGCGCAAUACUCUUUCUGAAAGAUCACACAUGAAAUAGGUGAUGACUUGCCCUCCGAAGCCAGAUGGUUUCUUAAUUUCUUACUUUCAUUGCUUUCCCUCAUAAGAUGCUUGAGACAGACUUAGCAGUGUCCUGUCGUAGUUUUCUUGUCUUUGUUUUAAAAUAAUUUUCUGCACUUCUGUCUUACGUAGACAUGGAAGCAACAAGAAAAUGGGUAAAGAUGACUGGAAUGGUCAGGCAUUAGUCUAACAUACAUGAGUCUUUUAUUCUUUAUCUCAGUUCCCCCAUGCAUCUUGCACAUAUACCUGAAGGAGCGUCUCCACCCCCAUCAUUCUGCCCGGACACUGAGGUCCAGCGCCGAGGGCCUUCUGGCAGUUCCCUCACUGCGAGAAGCCAAGUUACAGGGAACCAGGCAGAGGGCCUUCUCGGUAGUGGCACCCGUCCUGUGGAACGCCCUCCCACCAGAUGUCAAAGAGAAGAACAACUACCAGACUUUUAGAAGACAUCUGAAGGCAGCCCUCUUUAGGGAAGCUUUAAAUGUUUUAACAGCCUUCUGUAUUUUAAUACUUUGUUGGAAGCUGCCCAGAGUGGCUGGGGAAACCCAGCCAGAUGGGCAGGGUAUAAAUAAAUUAUUAUUAUUAUUAUUAUUAUUAUUAUUAUUAUUAUACAUGGGAAGUAAGAACUGACAUCAGAAUUACCCCUAGCUGUUUCAAAAUUCUGGCAUUGCCAAGUGAUUUGCAGCUAUUUCCCCUCCCAAUCCAUCUGUCACCUUCCCUUGCCAUUCUUCACCUUGCCCAGUAAUAUUUUAUUAUAUUCUGCUAAAGCAGUGCCUUGGUCUAAUCUCCAUAGCAUACAGCAACGUUUCAGACCGUUCCUCAAGUCACCUCAGGGUGCCAAGGCACACUGGUUGAAAACCAAUGAUUUUCUCUCUCCCCACCCCAAUGUUGUAAACCUCCUUGAGCAUGCUUUGAACAUGGUUUUAUUCCAUUUCAUUUUUUCAUAAGUAACAUUUUCUCAAGCCUCUGCCAUUCAAAUCUGCGCAGCUUCUGGGGGCAUGAUGAAACCAGCAGCUGUGCCACGAGGUUACAUUCCUGUCAGGCAGGCACUAAAUCAAGUUACAGCACCCAAACGGUCUCAACUUGAGCUCAGCCUUCCUGGAACAAAGUUAAGCCACUAAACCCAUACCCAGCUAGCAGGAAGUUCUGAGCAAAGGGUGCUGGGGGCCAGAAAAGGUGGCAGAGCCAGGAGAACGACUGCCUUGAGAAUAGGGCCAGAUCAAGGGGAGAGCGUACAUAAUUAGUCAGACCUCUGUAUGCUGGUGACACUAAAAGUAAGGAGAGCACUGUACCACUGUUCCUGUUUUGCAGCUUGCUGAGCCUGUCAGUCAUGAUUAACCCUGGAGUCCUCCUAGUACCUUUUUCUUGAGAGUCAGUAGGAGACCAGGGUUCAAAUCCCUGCGUGGCUGUGAUGCUCACCGGGUGCAACCUUGGGGUGGUUGCCGUCUUCUGUCAGCCUAACCUAAAACAGAGGUUGGCUGGCCGGCCAUCUGCCAGGGAUUCUUUUUCCUGCAUUUCAAGGUGUUGGACUUGAUGACCCUUGGUGUACAUUACAAUUCUAUGGUUCCAUGAAGCUCUAAAGAGUUUGAUAAAAUAGAUGGGAAGCAUAGUUAACAUGAACUCCUUGACGAUCUUCUUCCGUUAAGUGUUGUAGGACAGAUUGUUUUGUUUUUGCAGUCUGAGCUGUGGCCACAUGUGCCGGCAGAUGUACUUUCUGUCCCACAAUAGUGCAGAUGCCACACUGAUUUUCUGUUAAGCCACCUUGUCUAAAGCAGUGACAGGCCUUGAAUAGUGACAUGAAUAUUCAGUGUUGGCUCAUGCAGAGCACAUGCUCUUCUAGUCUAUCCCAGCCUGACCCUGGUGCAAGAAACACUGUGUUGUACCCCAGUUUUGUUCACAGUAAGUCAGUUGUCAUGAUUCGGUAUAUACAUUCUUGAUUACCAUUUAAAAUCUAUCCACUUUUAUUUACCAAUACCAGGCCUAGAUCUGUGUCACAGAGCCACCAAAUUCCUGAUGUUAGUGCCCUGUGUUAAUGCUGUAAAUUUUCUGAGUGGCAAGCCCUGCUAAAAUGUAUGUAUUUGCAUUAAAUUUUCAGCUCUCUUCCUUCUGGGUCAUUUCCCAACAAUUACAGUUUUAGGCUCCUAUCCUUGUCCUUCAUUUUUCUUCUGGAGCAGUGAUUACAUGCUUCUUAGGUGAUUACAGGUGUGCAUUUCAAAUUUAGUUUUAAAAGCGAAAUACGAAGGUGCUCCAGCCUCGUUCAAGCUGACUUUGCUGGGAUUGCACUUGUUCCAAGAAAUGUUCAAAGUAGAUUAUGGCCCUUCCCAUAAAUGCUGACUGUCUCCGCUGCUGCUGCUGCUGUUUUUCUAAGCUGGUUUGAUCAGUUUUACCCAGUAGCACAGGUAUUUGUAGUUAGACAUCUAACUCCCACUGAACUCCUGUUGGGAUGUUGGAAAUAUGUUGGUAACUUGUUUGUUUUCAAACAAAGAUCUCUAGUCAAGUUUGGAGCUCUUGUCUCAUGUAGAGUUUUCAAAAUGCCAGUCACAUACACAUGUGCACAAGUUGGGCAUUGCUGGUGUGUGUGUGUGUGUUCAUGUGUGCGCGCACAUGCACAUAUCAGAGCUUAGAAUUGCCAGGAGCUGAUUUAAUAAAACUGUACUUUUCUCAGCCUCUGAUUGUAAGAAAGUGCAUGUUUUACCCAGGCUCCACUAAACUACAUUCCUAUCUUCUGACUGAUGUCCGUUUUCUUGGCAGGUUUUUAAUCUGUUCGUUUCUCUGUGUGUCACCCAGUUGGAGAUGCUUUUACAGCCAUGAAACUUCAAAUUCAUAUCUUACAUCUGCUAUUCAUUUACUGUUUCUUAGCCUAAAAUUACGUUGGGUAGUUUUGUGCUGGAGAAUGGACAGGCAGUUAAGCCCAAAGUCCAUAGGAAAUCUUAAAUUACUGUUUGCAGUUGAAAUUGAUGAGAUUAUUUGGAUGACGCAGAACACUUUGCUGUACUGUUGCACCCAAAAUGCUAGUACAAUUUUUUAUUUUUCUAGAAAUAAAAUACUAAGUGUUGCUGGUAUAACCUUUGAUUGUAUAGAUUCAUUAUGUUCAGCAUUCAGAUUAUAUGUGGAUGAGUGGGUUAAGAAUGUGCUGAAAUGUGGAUAUGAACAGUGACGUUUCCUCCUCCUUUUGUGUGUUGAUUUUAAAUUGUUUACUUGUCUGUUCUGUGUUUUGCUUUUUGUGGGGAAGUACACUUGUUGCAAGGCAGGUUGCAAAUUAAUUAUUGAAAAAUAAUAAUUUACACUUCGGAUCCUGAUUCAGGUUUACCUGAGUGAUUUUCAAACUCAUGAAACUGUAUUGUGAUUUCAAGGAAUUUUAGCACUCUUAGAGCAGAAUAACUAUUGUUUCUUUCUUUCCCCAAAGCAGAAGCUGGCAGGCUGACAAACAGGCAGCUCACAGGACGGACUUUCUGGCUACUGACCAUUUAGCUGGUAAGUUUACAGAUCUAUGUGGUUAAGUUUGUAUGUCAGACUUCUGGCCCAUGGUCCUAUUGAAUGCUAGGAGUUGUAUUCAGCAUAGCGCUAAAAAAAUUCAACCCGUGAAAGGUUUUCUCUUUGCUCAAUGGAACGUUCUCCACCUCCCCCCACCCAUGCAAUCUGGUUUCUCUUCAGAUAGUAUAAAUCUUUUGGCUUUUACCCAUGCAAUCUGUUCUGGCAGUCUCCCCUUACCCUUGUGAGCAGUUUGGGGGUGUUGCAGGGGGACAAGAGAGGGGGAAAUCCUGUUGCACUAGCAAAGCUAUUAAGUUCACUACCACCCUUGUUUUUAGUAGUAGUGCCCAUUAAUUAUUCAUAGAUUUCACAUGACUUACCUGAAAUACUCCUGCAAUUACCUGUAACAAAGAAUGGUUCUUCAAGGUGUGUGCGCGCGCAUGCAUGCUUGCACUUAAAGCUGGUAUUUUAAAAGGAAACGAUAGCCCAAUGCGGAAUGAACUUCAUCUGCUGCUGCUGCUUUUAAGAAUUAUUGUUUCUAGUGUUCCAGUAAGAAGGAAAGGGAAAAAAUAGUGUUUCUUGCUAAACCCGUACCUUGAAUAUUCCCAUCUCCUCAUAACAAUAAUACUGAAGUUAAAAGUAGAAAAAGUGAUAAAACAAUUAAGGGGAGAAAUUCUGUGUAAAUGCUUAAAAUACCUAGAUUAGCUCCGAAACAAGAUAAUUAAGGGGGACAGAAAAGAGGUUUACAAUUGUGUAGAUACAGUGGUGCCUCGCAAGACGAAAUUAAUCCGUUCCGCGAGAGUCUUCGUCUAGCGGUUUUUUCGUCUUGCGAAGCAAGCCCAUUGACGGAUUAGCGCUAUUAGCGCUAUUAGCGGUUUAGCGGCUAUUAAAGGCUUAGGGGAUUAGCUGCUAAAAGGCUAUUAAAGGCUAUUAAAGGCUUAGCAGAUUAGAUAAAGGGGGGGGGAAGCGAAAAAAAAAUCUCUAGACUCGCAAGACAUUUUCGUCUUGCGAAGCAAGCCCAUAGGGGAAUUCGUCCUGCGAAGCAACUCCAAAACGGAAAACCCUUUCGUCUAGCGGUUUUUCCGUCUUGCGAGGCAUUCGUCUUGCGGGGCACCACUGUAAAGUGAAAAUAGAUUAUGUUCCCUUUCUCACAAAUUGUUUCCUAAUUCUUAUAAUUAAGAGGCAGCAGGGCUAAAAAGUAAGUACCUUUAACAUGGCACACAAUUAACUUGUUCUCUGAGACAGUUGAAGGCUAACUUUGUAUAACUGCAUUCAGAAUAGUGCUAGAGAGUUUUGCACAUGCCCAGUUAACCUAGAUGGUUGGGGUUAUAUGUCCCCACCUCCAGGUAUUCUUUACUUUCUGACAAUCGCAAAGUGAUUAUUGGCUAGAUUGCUCUUUCAAAGAAAUCAGGCUGCUCUAUUUAUUCUAACAUAUCUAGAAUUGGCUGUUGCUGUCAGACUGGUAAAGGAACUAAACCCUGCGUGUGAAGUAAUGUUGAUGCACCUAAAUCCCUGAUUUAGGUUCUGGUCAUAUUGAAGGUUCUGUGUAUUAUGGGGGAGCAUAUAAGGCUAAUGUUCACUUCUCUGCCCUACAAUGUGUAAAAAUACGUGCUGAGGUUGCAUGUGAAGAGGACUAGAGUUACAUCUAUAAUAGCCCACUAUUUGUGGCAGAUGCAGCAAAGGCAGACUGAUUUAGUCAACAAUUUCCCAAGAUAACAUCUUAUCAUUUUAUAUUUUGUAAUGUUAAAAAUUCAACCGACAGCUCCUCAUAUUAGUGCAGCUUACUGUCACUGACGUUUAAGGCUGCUUGAGGAGGCGGUGGGCAUGUUGCUGUUGCUUCUAGAGGGGGAAUAAGUGCUUUUGCAGCCACCUUUCCCAGCCUCAAAGGAAUAACUGAAGUAAUACCAUGCAGCAGCGAAAGCAGUGGAUCAGUGUUUUUCCAGGCUGGCUGGGAAGAAAGGCACUGCUUACAGCCAUAGGAGAAAUAGUUGUGGCUAGGAAGAGGUGCUCAGCUAGGGACAAUUUCAGCUUGUGCCAGGCAAGUGGCCAGUCACGCCACUUCUGCUUCCCCUCCCUAUUUAAAUGCAUCCUGCUAGUAAUUAUUACGGUGUUUCCCCUUUUGCGCUACCAGUGGCAUACCCGGAUUGUGCGUGGGUGGGAAAUCGACCAUGAGCUCCGUGGCAGUUUUGACCCAGGAGAGCUUUGCUGAACAUCGCAGCGGCCUUGCUCAGCAGCAAGUGAAAGGUAAGACUGCAAGGCAAGGCUACUGGAAAAUCCCUUUUUGAUAACUUCUGCAUGAAAGUGGCAUAUUCAGCUUCUACUACAUACUCAAAUAUUACUUUGCUGGCAGUGUUCAAAACUCCCAUUGUUCUAGGCACAUUUUGCGACCGGGGAUUUCUUUAGUGCACGCAUUUUCUGAGCUCUGGGCGCAGUACUGCGCCAUAGAUUUCAGAAUAAAACUGCAGAGUGGAAGGAAAGGAGGACCUUUUUCUGCUUCCCCACUUCCAGCUACUCUCUGAAGACUGGAUAAGAGACCCUCUUAAGAAUAUUAGGGGGGUGGGCAGGGGAAGGACUAGAUCAUGUGAAAAAUGAACAUAAUAUUUUAGCUACGGUUCAUUCAUUUUCAGCUUUGUAUUCUUGUUAUAAGAAAAGAGUGCGUAGACAUUCCGUUGUUGCACCCAGAACCUAGCUUCAAGGUGCCAUUUAGCUCCUAGCUUUCAUAUCUCAGUUUCUAACACUGUUUGCUGGGGAGCCACUAGCCUGAGGGCUGGAUGUGGCCCUUGAGGCCUCCCUACCCAGCCCUCAACAUCUGCUGCUUUUCCUACUUCCCCUCUCUCCCUGAGAAAGCUUUUUUCAAGCCUAAUUGUGGCACAGAAGGGGGUGGGGGUUACAGCUGGGGAAGGAAGAGUUAACAUACCUCCAGAAAUGCCCCUUGCACCAUAUUUAGGCUAGGGGGGAGCCUUCUAAUAAGGCCUUUUCUAGUCUAAUUAUAGUGGGAGAACCUUCCCAGAGGGUUCAGCUGGGGUGUGAAAGCAUUUAAACCUUUUACAAGGCGUGUGUGUUUGUGUAGAUAUUGUGUGUGUGGCCUCGCCCACUUAUUCCUUGACCAUACUCCUUUUGGUGAUGGAGGGUUGGCCAAGCUACCAUAGAGUUGGUCAAGUAGAAUGCAGUUCUCAGGCUGAAGAAGGUUUCCCCACCCCUGUUGUAGGAGGGAGUGCAAGCUGGCCUUCCUGGGGUCUUUGUUGCUUGAAUGAGACAGUAAGUUUGAUACUUCUGUGGCAAAGGGCUAACAACAAAAUACAAGGGUAAGAGAGGUUCAGAAUACAGUGGUACCUCGGGUUACAUACGCUUCAGGUUACAUACGCUUCAGGUUACAGACUCCGCUAAUCCAGAAAUAGUACCUCGGGUUAAGAACUUUGCUUCAGCGUGAGAACAGAAAUCGUGCAGUGGCGGCGCAGUGGCAGCAGGAGGCCCCAUUAGCUAAAGUGUUGCUUCAGGUUAAGAACAGUUUCAGGUUAAGAACGAACCUCCGGAACGAAUUAAGUACUUAACCCGAGGUACCACUGUACGAGUUGUCUGACCUGCAGGUUCUUUCUCCUAGUUCUUUUCAUUCUGUCAAGCUGUUCCUUAAUGUGCACCCUCUCUCCAUGUGGUGUAUUUAUAUACACUUCAUCACAUGGGUUAAUGCUAGGUUAAUCAGGAGAAGGGGGUGAGCUAAACGAUCUUUUGGACUUUCUUAAUCCUAUUUUUCUAUAUUGGAAGCCUUAUCACAACCACCAAAACGAUUAAAUAUUUGUUCUUCUCUGUCCUUCAUAGUGCUGUGUUGAGCAAGUUACAAUAUAUGGGCAGCAGCCAACACUGCUUAACUUUACCGUGUUUAAUCAUUCUUCCAUACAAUCCUGUUAGCUGCUCUUAUCAAGAGAAUAGUAUCUUACUAUUUUGUCACAAGGUAGUGUAAGUAAUAGGCAGGUGUAAAUUGAAUAAUGAAUGGGGUUUAAUAAGCGUGAUCAGGUACCAGGUCAGUUUAGUUUGUCAAGGGACUGCUAAGUCGUUGCAUGAAGCCGUGUGAAAAUUGCCGAAAUGAAUUUUAUAGAUGACCAAGGGCUCCUUGAAGUCAAGCAGCAUCAAUGGGUCAGCCUGUAAGCAAAAUAUGUCCUACCUCCCAAGUAAAACAUUAACAAAAGAAGCAGAGGAAGAUCAGUUAGCUGCUGGUCCUCCCUUUCUCAAUAAGAAAAUAAUUUGCCAAUUCAGCAAGAUGUUAAGAGGUCGGCUACACAACAGCCAGUGUCAAUAGUUUGGAAUUAACUCUCAGGCGGGGUCAUUCUGACACUAGAGGUGACUGAACUGAUCAUCCACUUGUUCUUCAUGCCAAACCUGCAUCCCAUAAUUCCAUUGGCUGCAAUAAGAAAAAGGGUGGUGAGGGUCCAGGGCAUGUGUGUUAAAUGUCAAUAUUAACUCUGAUUUCCACAAAAGAUAAAGGUUUCCUAAUCGCUUGAUAGACAGAAACAACCACUGGUGGUUUACCAAAGAGAAAGCUGCUUAAUUUUGUUUGGUGGUUUCAAUCAUUUCUUUUAAAAGUUGUGGCCUUUGUUUUCUGCCGCUGAACUCGAGCAUGUUUGGAAAUCAGCAGGGUGAGCACUAUUUGUGUAUGAAAUCCUUCAUUGUUUCUUUGCUUGCUCAACUCUAGUUGCAGCUUUAAAUGCUGAAGAAGAAAAUGACCCUCCAACUUACAAGGAUGCCUUCCCUCCUCUCCCUGAGAAAGCAGCAUGUUUGGAGCCAGCCCAGGAACCUGCUGGUGCCUGGAGUAAAAUCCGACCAAUCAAGGCUUCUGUCAUCACUCAGGUCAGUACAAAAGAGUAUUUCCCUCCUCUUUUACCCAACACUUGGUUUUCUACUGUAAGCUUUGAAGACAAACGCUUUUCAGUAGCCCCCCAGCAUGUUGUUGCAGGGGAGAAAGUGUUGCAAUAAAGAGCUAGCUUAAAGACUAUUUGGAGCAAGACGGCAUUUGCUUGAUCAAUCAGUUUUUGGAGAAUUCUGUCAGUGUAGUCUGGGGCAUUCCCGGAUACUGAUCUUACUCAGUGACAUCAGAGCCCUGAAUGCUACAUUAAUCCUGUGAUAAACUAAAGGGGUGGUCAGGGUAGCUGACCUCCAAAAGUAGCCUCCACUCUAAAAGUUAAGUAUCCUUUUGUGUUGAAAUCUAAGGGUUCACUUAAUCACAUCAUGGAGGGUUGUGCCCAGUAUGUAUUUAUCAGUUGAGUGCUUAAGUGUCUUGUUACAGCAGAAGUGUCUCUGCUCAUCUGCAAAAGGGGAGUAAAUUUACCAUUGUUCUAAGUUGAACAAAACUUCCUUUUACCUGAGCAGGUGUUCCAUGUUCCGCUGGAAGAGAGGAAAUACAAGGACAUGAACCAGUUUGGGGAAGGGGAGCAGGCCAAAAUCUGCUUGGACAUCAUGCAGAAGACGGGAGCUCACCUGGAGCUGUCUCUCGCAAAGGAUCAGGGACUCUCGAUCAUGGUCUCUGGCAAGCUAGAAGCAGUGAUGAAGGCUCGAAAGAAGAUCGUAGCUCAGCUUCAGACACAGGUGAGCGACUUGGUUCUCUCCUCUUCCCACUGUGUGACCUUCCUCAAGGUGUGGGUGCUCAUAAAAGCAAACAUAGAUUUUAGUAGGCCAGCUCACCUUUGCAGUGCAUCUUAAGUGCAUGGAAGGUCACUGGAGUGAUGCCAUGUGUUUUCAACUGAGCUUCAAAAGCUAAUUGCAGUUUAAUUAACCAUGGCCUCCCCACAUACUUUUCUAGCAGCCAAUGUUAGGCAAGUAAUCUCUCCAGAAGCCAGAACCUGGUGAUUGUUAUAGAUGGUGCAUUCAUGGGUGUUAACGAGGUACAAUGGGAUCGAUUUUUAUGGUGAACAGUAGCACUAUGUACUCUCCAAAGUUUUUUCUUCCAAAAGCUCAGUGCUCCCUGAGGAGUGGGUGGGGGGAAUACAUUGAAAUUGGGAUCUCUUCCCCACUACUUUCUGUGGCAAAGCAUUUGGCAACAUUAGAGGAGAGAUGCUACAGCUACCUUAAGAGAGGCAAGGCAUGAGUGAUGGGCAGAACAGCAUCCAACCCUUUUACUCCCUUGGCAAGAGAAAGUGGACUGAGUCCCCUACAUCAUUUUGUGGUGGGUGUUGCAUCCCUUAAGGUGGCUAAUGCCCAUUGGCCCUAAGCUGUUGGCUAAUUAAGUACUAAAGUACUAGACUUGGCUUGGACUAGAUGGCCCAAAGAAUUCUAUGAGCCAGUUUAGAAUGGAUUGUGUUUAGAAAAAAGUGGGAUGUCAGUAAAUAUGUAGAUGGGGUGAUCAUGAAGACAUCUGUCAAAAGGUUUUGGUAGAUGUGUGAAGUCCCUCAAAGGUAGCUGAUUAAACAUAGCAGUUCUAGUAUAAGACGAUGGAUUGUCUUGUGAAUUUGUAACUGGCUAAAACUGGUAGGGAGCUAGAAUUGGCUGGCUGGGGCCAGACCCUUAUCUCCAUACACACUGUGGGCCAAAUUUUGACAGGUUGGCAUGGCCACUCACUUGAUAUCACAGUGACAUUAAGUGACCUAUUUUUUGCCUGCCUGGUCUGAAAUCCUGCUAUGAAAAUCAUGGGCAGAGCUCUGUCUCCAUCACCAGGAAAGAGAAAGUGGGUGCAUGGGCAAGUACAUAUAUUCUCAACUCUUCUGUAGCCUGUCUGCCAACCACCAGAAUUUAGCUUGCAGUUGAGAACUUCUGUGUUUGGAUAAAUGAGAACCUUGAACUAACUCUCUGUGUUUGUGACACCAUGACUAAGUUUUCGAGUGGGACUUGGUCAGGGCUUUAGAGCAUCCUGAUUUAUCCCAUAAGCCCCUCUGGCAAUGGAAAACUCUUACUUGGGCAUUAUGCCCUCCACCAAAGGAAAUACUAAUAUCCCAUUCUAUCUAAAAUUUAAUAGGUUCAGAAAGGACAUAGGAAAUAGCUUGAGGGGUAUGUUCAACAUAAUUAUGCUUAAUCUGUGUUACAACAUUAGAGUCUAGAGAUCAUACAGUCAGGCUAGUCUGAGUGGUUGAGCUUGUUCUGAAGUGUUUCCAAUUCACACUGCAGCUGGGAGUCUUUUGUUCCAAUGAAGACUGAGAAAUUUAAAUGAAGAUGGGAGUCUGCACGGCUGAAUGCUGGCUGAAUGCUUCCUUCCACUGUCACUCGCCUACCCACAUAACUUUACUGAAUGAAAUGCUAUGUUAGGGAGGGAGAAGGCUAGGUUGAGUCUUAAUAAAGCUGAGUGGACAGAAUGUGUGCCUGGGAGAACUUGGCAGGGGCUUUUAUUUUUCUUAAUUUGGGGAAGCAGUCAAACAUAUUUUUUUAAAAAACAAAUGUAGGUACCUCUAAGUGGUUUACCAGAAAUAUUGGAAUGAUCAAUAAUUAAUAAGUAAAAGAUUGUAAUUUUUCAGCAUCUAUGUGUCUGGAUAGGCUUGCCUAAACAAAAAAUGAUUUAAGUAGGCACUGAAAAGAGCUCAGCAAACGUGCCUGCCUGAUGCCAGUAGACAGAGAGCUUUUCUACCUGAAACCUCAAGUAGUACAGUUCAUGCAAAUCUCUUUAUUACUUGAUUCUGCUGGAUAAACACCUCUUUUCUCUGAUAGUUGUAUACAGUGGUGAACAUGGACGUGCACAGUCCCCGCCGCCGCCACUUCCUCUUGCAUAUGGUGGAAGAAAUUGCACUGCUGAAAUUCUGUCCUCCAUUAUGGCAUUCAAGGCAAAACAGCUCUGUUGGAUUGGCCAACCCAACCUUUAGGGCUGGAAUGGAGAGAGAGAGAGAGAGAGCAGCCAUUUUCUCUUGGCGAUAAGUUGUCGGGUGCUAGUGGUGGGCAGACACACUCCCCCGCACAGCAGUCUGCCGGGAGAGAAGUAUAUAGCUCUUUACAGAAGUCUCUAUCGAUCAGUUGCUGAGGGUUUAUUCCUCCUCCUUCCAUUGUACCAUCCAUUUCAACUUCCUUCUCCUCCUCUCCCCUCACUUCUGCAUGAAAUUAGGCCGAGGGCUACAGGUUUUCUCAUCCCUGCCUUAAGGUGAUAGAGACACAUCCGUGUCAUGGAACUGGCCUGCAGCUUCAUCCCGCAUCUUGAUGUCUGUUGUAGGCUUCAGCAACGGUGCCCAUUCCCAAGGAGCAUCAUCGCUUUGUCAUUGGCAAAAGUGGAGAGAAGUUGCAGGACCUUGAGCUCAAAACUGCCACUAAGAUCCAGAUCCCCCGCCCGGAUGACCCCAGCAACCAGAUCAAGAUCACCGGCACCAAGGAAGGGAUUGAGAAGGCGCGGCAUGAGAUCCUGCUGAUCUCUGCUGAGCAGGUAAGCAGCCUUCCCACCUUUACUGCUUCUGAGGAACAUUGCCGUCGUUACGCCUUUUCUGAGGGGAGUACUUUUAAGACAAGCUGACUUAGUCUUGGCCUCUGCAGACCAGAACAGCACCUCCCAGAUUGGGUAGUUUUAUAAGCAACUAUACUGAGCAAAUAAGACAUUACAGGUACUGCUGUUCUGCUCUUCCGGGCGGUUAAAAUCUAUGGCCCUAAACAUGCACAUCUGAAAAAUAAGCUCCAUUAACAUCAUUUGGACUUCUGGGUAAACAGACUACCAAGAUGUUUUGUAUAUGAAGCUAUGUAGGAUUGGGCAGAGCAAUCCAAGUGCCUCUUUCAUCAGCACAGUGAUCAGGUCUGGACUGGGACGGAUGCUGUCUGGACCAAACAGGGAUCCUUAUGUGGCUCAGUCCCCACCCUCCCUGCCCUUGGAACACCUCAUUCUGAGGCUUUGAACUGGUGGGGAUGCUAUCUGCAAAGGGACAUACAAGCACUGAUGGUAGGCCAGAUCAGCUGUGAGACCUGAGCAAGACUGCCUGAGCAUCUUGUCUCCCACCCCACGGCUAGAGUGAGCAGCCAGGCAGCAGGUGCAAUGGUGGCUCCCCAAAGCCUUAAGGGUGAAUUGGAUUCAGGUUGCAGCCCAAGACUCUAUAUGCUAUUCUCUACUACCUGCCAUGUAUAUGGAAUGUGCAGGUCCAGUCAUGCUGAGAAGCGACCUGCAUCCAAAUAGUUGUGGGUUAAACUCUAGGUGGCACCACCUUUUGAUGACAACUCCAGGAAAUGCACAUAUAACACACCCAUUUUUCCCACAACAGUCAUCAAUAUGUAGAGCGGCCCUAAGGCAUGAGGCUGGUUAGACAAUUGGAGGGUUUCUGGGAAACAGGUUACUCUUGAGUUGGGUUCUCUGGAAUAAGGAGAUCAUCCUUUACCUCCUAGGCUUUUUGGUUAUUUCAGUUGCCUUUCCAGAUGAAUUGCAUCUGCACUUUCAACCACUGCACAUGCAAUGCUGCCCAUAGACUGUCCGAAACCAAACCAAGUCCCCUAUUCCAUUCCCCAUAUAUUUGGGGAUUACGUGGACUGUUAAGAAUAAACACUGAUGCAGCAAUCUCGGUGAACUGUAUCAUAUAAUAGUCUUCCCGCACCCCACUCUGUUCCUUGUUCUUCUGGAGUCUUGUUUUGAAUUCCCUCUGCCUUCAAUGUCCUUCCUUUAUCCCACACUCCACAGCACUUCUAAUAACCUUGCUGAUCCAGGCUCUGCUUUUAACAAGCCACGUGUCUGCAGCCCACUCAGGUUAUCCAAGGUGCCACUUUUGGGGAAGGGAGGAGUAAUGUUUCAGGAAAAGCUGGAGGCAUGUGAACAUCAGUCUCAAGAGCUUCACACUAAGGAGUAUAGGAAUUUCAGUGAAAUUCCUGUAGGCUUGACAUCCUUUGGUAACAUCUGCUUGGAACACUUCUUUCCUUGCAAUAUUAGGCUUUGCUGUGUAGGAAAAACAAUAGAACGUGCACAUAUUGCUUUAUUUCCCAGGAUAAGCGUGCAGUUGAAAGGUUGGAGGUGGAGAAGGUAUAUCAUCCCUUCAUUGCUGGCCCUUUCAACAAGCUGGUCGGUGAGAUCAUGCAGGAGACAGGGACACGCAUAAACAUCCCACCUCCCAGCGUCAACAGAACGGAGAUAGUCUUCACUGGAGAAAAGGAGCAGCUGGCCCAAGCAGUUGCUUGUGUUAAGAAGAUCUACGAGGAGAAGGUAAGGUUCUUCGUGGUCUCUGAGCAGUGCCACAUUGCACAGACCAGCACUGAGCUGUCUUUUCCCUCUGAUUUGUGGGGUGCUCUUCCCUUCACCUCCACAAAUGUGAAUUGGGACAGACGUAUAGUGUUCUCAUUCUCCUAGCAGCUUGCGACAGAUGCUCGCUAGGAGAGCACACUACCUACAGAAUCAUGAGACUUGCUCACUGCAACUUAUGCACAAACACAGAUCCACUGAUGGCUUGAUUAGCUAAUCAAGAUUAUGUAGCUGUAUUUAAAGUCGUAGCUGAAGCAAAACCACAGGAAGCCUUUAUGGCGGACUGAACUGCUCACAGAUGUGCUCUUUCUGUGUCUUUCCUAUAUAAAAAGACAGAGAAGAUGGCUUGUGGUCUUAGCAUAUUUCAUGGUUUGUUUGUUUGUUUGUUUGUUUGUUUGUUUGUUUGUUGUUUGUUUGAAAAUCCAGCCCUUCCUUUUAGAGCACACACAGACAAGUUUCCUUUUCUGGUCUGCCCCAUUUCUAAUCCUAGAGAUUGACUGGUGACUUCCCCAACGCACCCCCUUUCUUUUUCCCUAGCCCUUAUUACUGAUGCCCUAACUCCUUUCUCCCUACAGAAGAAGAAGACUACCACCAUUGCUGUGGAGGUGAAGAAGUCCCAGCAUAAGUACGUCAUCGGUCCCAAAGGGAACUCCCUGCAGGAGAUCUUGGAGAAAACUGGAGUCUCGGUCGAGAUACCACCCACAGACAGCAGCUCAGAGACUGUGAUACUACGUGGCGAACCUGAAAAGCUUGGGCAGGCACUGACUGAAGUCUAUGCCAAGGUAACCAGGUUGCCACGCAGCUAGGCCUUUCUGGUAGUCAGUACGUUUGUUAGGAUUGCUAAAUUGCUGGAAUGCAGCAUGGCUCAGAAUGCAUGCAUAUGGUGUGUUCAGUUACAGUCAACAAUGGGGACAACAUUUUUUGCUGCAUGAAAUGGGGGGCAGUGGAUGAAGCACAUGUGAGUGAAGCGGGUGGUGGCAGCGGGCAUUAACUGGACACAGAUUCCACACCCCUACCCCAGACACAUAAACAAAGAGACAGACAGCCUUCACCCUUUCUCUGUCCAGGGAUGGGGAGGUUCUGUCACGUGCUUACCCCCUGCUACUCAGUUGUUUAGUGCUGGGAACAGGUGAGGAGAGCUCCUAUUGGAGUGCCACUCAGCUAUUCCUAGGGCUAAAUCGCUGUGCAGUGUGGGGGGUGGGCUUUGAAUUCAGGAACAGUGUGGGCCUCAUGGCAUUCAGGUGAGGGCCACAGUUGGGCCUUGGGCAAUUGUUAUGUGAUAAUAAACUUUCACAAAUACUGCAUAAAAAUGCUAAUAGAUAGCUGUUAUAAUAUAAUAAUAUUCUUAAGCUGUUGUGUUUUGCUGAACGCUGCAACUUCUUGUCUGGUACCCGACAAGAUCCUUCAGCUAAGGAUACUGGAUUGCGAUGGGAACUAGAGUGAUCCGGCGUCUGAGUGGUUUCAGUUAAUGCAUAUUGGUAAUUGAAUUUUAAAUUUCUUCAUAACAACACUGUCCUUUUUUAGGCCAACAGUUUCACAGUCUCCUCUGUCUCCGCCCCCUCUUGGCUUCACCGUUUCAUCAUUGGCAAGAAAGGGCAAAACCUGGCCAAAAUCACCCAGCAAAUGCCAAAGGUAUGAGCACCUCAGAAGUGAAUUAUCACCUAUUGGUGUUGGAAUUGAGGGAUUGUUAGAGUGCAAUGUCUCAAAAGGUGUGUGUGCACAUAUAUAUCAUUAGCUGUGAGGCAGACUUGUAGUCUGAGGGGCAAAGUCUGCAAAGAGUCUCAUCUUGGUCUUCCUAGAAGGAAUAGAGAAAUUGAAACCUUGAAAGCCCUUGUGGCUUUUUACCACACUUUCGGGGCAUUUUGAAACAUGAGCCUGAGAUUCCAAGUAACUUCUACACUUGUGAAAUUGGGAGAAAUUAAGUUGGCAGCAAGACAGAAAAUGAGAAAGCAGAUUUCACUUGUCACCAUUACCCUUUUUGAUAGGAUCAGCUUUUCAGAGACACUUGAAUUUGUGGUGGUUGUGUUUUUGUGUUUUUUAUCUUAACAGUAAAAAAACCAAACAAUUUCACCACAAAUAGGGCCAAACAGCAGCUAAACACAGCCAGUGAAAAAACUUAGUGCUCCUCAAAGUUUGCAUAUAAUUUUCAACUAAUGCCUAAGUUGUUUUCUGUAAAUAACCUAUUAAUUAAACAUUUGAUUGGAAAAUACAGUGUUGAAGCACCUUGUCCUGAACGUUCACUAAAGAGCAUCUUUGAAAAUUAUACAGAAUAAGAAUAUAAAAAACACAAAAAGUUACAAAAUACAGUGGUACCUCUAGAUACGAACGGGAUCCGUUCCGGAGCCCCAUUCGCAUCUAGAGGUAAACGUAACUAGUGACGGCAUGUCUGCGCAUGCGCGCGUCGCUUUUCGCCACUUCUGUGCAUGCGCGUGACGUCAUUUUGAGUGUCUGCGCAAGUGGCGAAACCCGGAAGUAACGCGCUCUGUUACUUCUGGGUUGCCAAGGAGCGCAACUCGAAGCAUAUUUAACCCGAGGUAGUACUGUACAGAGAAACUGAAGUGUACUGAUGAAGGCCAUUCUUUUUUUUUUUUUUAUAAUUAAUAUUUAUUGAAUUUUCAAAGAAUAACAACAAAAAUUUCCAAAAAAAAAAAAAAAAAAUUAAGGAUACAAAAAACAAAAUUAGUGCAUAAACAAAAAAGAAAAGAAAACCCAGCCGCAAAGAAAAAAAAAGAGAAACAGAAAAACAAAAAUAUUAAGUCCUUUACAAUCUCUAGUGACUUCCUUUCUAGCCUUCCUCCUCCUCCCCUCUUUUGUUUCUUAAUUUUUUACAGCAAAUCCUUUCUGUUUUUUCAUAACAAUCUGUCAUUACUUUUCCUUAUUCUAUUUUCCCUCUUGUCUUAUAAAAACUUUAAAACUCAUAGCUUAUAUUCAAUAUUUACCAAAUUCUUGCAUCAUUACCUUUACGAAUCAUUUACCAAUCCUUACUUAAGUCAUGUAAUUUCAUUCAACAUCCUUCAAACAUUUGUAAGCAUUCCCAAUAUUAAAAAGUAGAAAAAAAAAAUAAUAAGUCAAAUUUAGUCCAGUCAGCUUCCAACCUCCCCUCCCCUGGACCCGGGAUUGUCAGUCCUUUUAACCUCGGUAAUCCGGCUCUUAACCUGGUUGUCUCGUAUCCGAGGCCCUCAAGUCUCUUUCUUGCCCCUUUCGCCACUCUUGUUGAUGAUUCCUUUCCAGUCGUGGAUGCUCCAGCAAGAAAAUGCUUUUGACCCUUUGCAACAAGUCCAUCCCAAACCCAUUGCCCAAGCCAGACAGCAAAUAAUACCACUUCAAAUUUCCACAAAGCUUGGAGACUUCGGCUACUCCAAUCCUCUGAUAGCCCAUCACCAGACUCGGAAGGUCCAAAUAACCAUAUGGAGGGGGGUCGAUCCAUCCCCCCAUUUCCAAAUCUAACCACAUUUCAUCUUUCCGAAUCUGGUUUGUCCCAAGUUCAUUUAUCAAGUUCAAAGGCUGAUCUUGCCCGUCCAAAGGUCCCUCCAUCUCUGAAGCUUCCGUCACUACAGCAGGUUCGUAUACUUGUAUAGCCUUUAACUGAAUUUCAUUUGUUUGCUGCUGUGCUCUGGUAACUUCCAUCCUCAAGGUCGUCUCCUGACGCAUCUGGUCCAGCUGGGCACUUAGUUUUGAAAAACCUUCCAGGAACAAUUGUUCCAGCCUUUGUACUAGCAUUGUCCUUCAAGGUCAAAAAAAAUUCUUUCCCACGACAAUAGUCCAAUAGUCCUUCUCUUUUAAUCUCUCUGCGUUGCAAUUUCACUAAAUUCCACUAGAUGGAAUUUUUUUUUAAAAAGAAUAAAAGCAACAGCAACAAUCUUUUUUUUCCAGAAACACUUUAUCCAAAAUUCCCCUUCCAAAUUCAAGAGGCAACAGUAGAAUCAAAAUGUUACCCUUCUUUUAACUAACUGUCGAGCUGGAUAAACUUCUAGAACGUCAAUUCUGACAGCCCGCUCCUGGUUCAGGGCGGUGGAAAAUUGCUUUAUUUUAAACUCACUUCCGCAGGAUUGAAAAGUCCAAAUACAACCCCUUUUUCUCCUGCUGUCAAAGGGGGGGUUCAGAAUCUUAGAUGUUGAAUUCUAGUUCUCUUAAAAUUUAAUUUUCAGGCUUUAGUAUAUUUUGUCUUUGCUUUCUUCACAUAACAAAAGAACGGAAGGCGACUUCCUGUUUAGACCUUCCCAUUCCGAGUCCCAAUUAAGUUCAAUUUCAAGUCCAAUAUUAUUUAUUUAUUCACCAGUCUUAAAAGUGGUUCAGCUCUUCCAAGAUCAGGUACUCACGGAUAGAUGUUUUAGAUGCCAAAUUGUCCAGGAAAAAGGCAGCGCUCUCCGAUAACGGCAGUGCGGCUUUGCUGCACGGAGGAAGCAGACGACUCACAGCACCACGCACCUCCCACUCCGGAGCCCAUUACCGGGCUCCUGUACAGGGGAGAGCGCUCUCGGUGCCCGCCGAGUCCCACGUCCACAGGCUUCUUCCGCCUGUGGUUUUUGCGGGUCCCCGCUGCGCCGUAGCGGCAGGACCCAAGCCUCCGUGCAGCGGGUUCCCUUCAGUCCGAAGGGAAUUCCGCCAUUUUCCGGAGGCGCCACCCCGGAAGGCCAUUCUAUAGAGUUUCUAAAAAGACGAGUAGAGCAAGAUACAUUGAAAUAUACAUAGUGGAAAAAGUGGAGCACGGUUUAGUCAUGUAUAUUUUACUGAAUCAAACAUAUUAUUUUAAUAUGUGCAGAUUUAAGCUGUGUGAAUCAUCAUGGACAUAUGAAAUAAAGCCAUACAUCCCAUAUCACAAAAAAAUGUUUUGCUUUGUCCUCUUCCAACUCUUAAUUUGUAUGUAAGCUUUUCUAAAAAGCCUAUAUCCCACACUUCAUUAUACCACAAUAAAAGAUUGGCACCUACUACGUCUUUCCAAUGUCUGGCUAUAAUGGCUCUGACCAGCUGUUAGUGUGUGAUACCAUCUGUAAAAAGAGGGUAGCUUAAGGUUUAGUCAAGUAGAUGCUUGUUGAAUGAGGCUGGGGAGGGAAUUCCACCAAUGGAGUGCCACCUCAAAGAAAGCUUUGUUCUACUAGGCAACUGUCUUUCACCCAAAGCUUCAGUUGGCUAGAAUAAGGCUUCAGCACAUGUUUUUAACCAUGAACUGGUUCCCUAGAUCCUACCCCUCCUUCCCAUCUUUAGAAAACACAAGUUCAAGGGGUUUCUUGCAGCAUCUUCGCUUGCAGGCAAAAGCCAUAUUGCCACAUUCAUUCCCCUGCCAUUACAUGGAUCCCUCUUCAGUAGUUUCAUGCUGAUGCUGAAUUUUCUCCCUUACUGGAAGGUUCACAUAGAAUUCACUGAAGGAGAAGAUAGAAUUACUCUGGAGGGACCCACUGAAGAUGUCAACAUGGCUCAAGAACAAAUCGAGAGCAUGGUCAAGGAUCUGGUGAGUUAAGAAGCCCUAGUUUGAUUUGUCUGGCCAUCUUAUCAAAAUGGAAGGUGCAGAUGCAAGCCAUCACUAAAAACCAUCAAGCCUCAUAUUGUGUCCUCCUACUUAGAUUAAAUAUGCAAUUUAUAUUCCAUAGCAAAGCAAGUGCACUGAGUUCAGUGGAGUUGACAUCUGGUAUGUGUGCUUAGGACUGCAGUUCUGGAGACAAAAGGAGGCUGUUGAUUUUUUUCAGUGGAAUGGCCAUAAAGGGAACAAAGAGCUGUGUUAGAAACAUAAUCUGGGUCAAGUGAUGGUGAAACUGCUGAGUGUCCCCAAGCUGUGUGCUCUUUGCUCAGGCUUGAGCUACUUUCCUCAACAGAACAUCUGGAUCUAAUAGUGGCUAGUUAUCUAUUGUGUCAUGGCUGAUGUUGCUGUCCUGUUUCUGUUCUUUGUUCCUCGGCUAGAGGAGUAUGUGUUUGCUCCUGAUUCUGGCUAACUGUGGCGUGCUCUUUGCAGAUUAACCGGAUGGAUUAUACUGAAAUCAAUAUUGACCAUAAAUUCCACAGACAUCUCAUUGGAAAGAGUGGAGCCAACAGUGAGUUAAAUGCUUGUUCAGUGUCUUCCUGUGUGUGUAAUAUGCAUUGCUGUUGUCCCUGUUAGAGAUAACUUACAAUCUCAUCUCUCUGGGUCUCUAGCUAUACUUCUGGGUUUCUAGGACUGAGGUGUUCUGGAGAACUAAUAAUGUGCUCUCUGCAAAUAUGGGAGGUUCUUCUUGAGGAACUUUCUUAGUUUGUUUCUGGUUAGAAUAGAUAACAGAAAAUGUGGGGGGGGGGAAUCUUGGGGAAAUAACCUCUGCAUGCCUCAUCCCAUCCAGUUCCUAAUUAUUCUAUUGAACACAGUUUCCAAUGGGAAGAUAUGUGUCUCUUUCUUAAAACAUCAUGUUGACUAAGCAUUGAAAUCCCGCUCCCCCCUCUACUAGUUUGUCCUCUGUGAAUAGGUCAGUGUCUCCUACAGCGCAAGUAAUCCUUAAAGGAGAAAGCCUCUUGUUCUGAAACUCUGAAGCCUUGAUUGCAGAGCAUAUGCAGUGGACGAGCGUUCUUAGCAGAAUCUUUUUGAUUUGCAGUCAACAGGAUUAAGGAUCAGUACAAAGUGUCUGUGCGAAUCCCUCCAGACAAUGAGAAGAGCAACCUCAUCAGAAUUGAAGGAGACCCUCAGGGAGUUCAAGAGGCCAAGAGAGAGCUGCUGGAACUUGCAUCGCGUAUGGUGAGCCAUGGAGAACUGGACUGUGUCCAGGAGAGAACUGUUAACUACUAGCGAGGCUUCCUGCCAAACUUUCCCACACACCAGGGAAGCGAUUCUGUUUUAUCUCUCUACCUGGGUGGUGCGUCAUUGUGGUGACGUUUGUGGGUUGUCAAACUCUGCAGCUUGACUGGUUGGUAGAUCUGCCUAUUGUGCAAGUGUGAAUGAAAUACAACAUGUGUUUCAAGCAUGGGGACUUUUAAUCAUGGAGACUCCCGCCCCAUUUUUCCUCCCCAGGAAAAUGAACGCACAAAGGACCUGAUCAUUGACCAGAAAUUCCAUAGAACUAUCAUUGGGCAGAAGGGUGAACGGAUUCGGGAUACCCGGGAUAAAUUUCCAGAGGUAACAAAAGUCUUUGAAACGCACACACGACAGAGAGACAGAUUAAAAUGUAUUUUUAUAUUGACUUGAUUACAGGCAUCUCCCCGCUUGCACCUGAUCAGCGUGCAUUUGACCACUGACACUCGCACCAUUUUCAGUGCCUAAAGGGUGUGGGGCAAGGCGGUCUUGCGCACGUCCUGCUGAUGCAUGCGGUGACCAGGAAUGGAACCCCCAUGUAAUUGGGGGUUGCAUAGUGCUUUUAAAUGGAGCCCCUAGUGGCUUCCUAUUCACACUCCGCAGCAACUCUAAUGUCCUAGACCAUUCACUUGGCCCCAAUAUUUCUUUAUUUAAAAUUAAAAAAGGCAUCAGGUUGGCAGAAUCAUUUCCUAUUUGGUACAUCCUGUCUGUGUUUUUUUCCCCUCCCUCAAAAUAGUUUCAACUGUUCGUAGGAGGCUCCUUCUUUCAUGCUUUUCUGACACAUCCCUCUCCUCAUAAAUGUAAAACAGGCUUUCAUUGAAGUCAAGACAACACUGUCUCUUUCGACUUACAUAGCGGGAAGGAGAUACCCAAAACUUUACGUUUGACUUUCUUCAGUAAUGUUUUAUUCUGGAUUGUUUUAAUUGAUGUUUUAAUGUGCUGUAAACUGCUUUGAGAUCUUUUUCUUUAAAAUAUAAAGCGGUAUAGAAAUGAAAUCAAUAAUAUAAUUUAGAAAAUCAAAGUGAGGCUUUGUCUUUGGUUCAAAGCAUACUGGGUCUCGCCUGAAGUGGUCCAAAGUAAAGCAGCCUCCUAUCCACCAGGUUCUUUCUGUCUUUCUUUCUUUCUUUCUUUCUUUCUUUCUUUCUUUCUUUCUUUCUGUGCCUCUUAAGAAAUAAUGUUUGGAGGUGCUGUUUUAGACACAUACAAAAAAGGGUGGCUGUGGGUGUUAGCCAACUAUUGCAGCAGAGUGUGGUUUUUGUUUUACUGUUCCUUCUCUUUUAUCUACUUCUCACUCAUAUUACAUUGUGCUAAUUCACCUAUAGCAAGAUGAUGUCAUAUAGCAAUAACUAGUAUAGGGCCAUGUCUUGGAGCACAGAGGAAAACUCUGAGUUUUGAAUUCCACAGUAUGGAAAUAACCUCCUGGGACUCAGCAACCUGUUUAACAAUAUCUUGGAUUAACUGUUUCUUGCAGGUUAUUAUCAACUUCCCAGAUCCUUCACACAAGAGUGACAUUGUCCAACUUAGAGGACCCAAAAAUGAGGUGGAAAAAUGCACAAAGUACAUGCAGAAGAUGGUGGCAGAUCUGGUAGGUGAUCAUCUCUGCCUCUGCUUUCGGUUUGGUUUGCAAAUACAGGGGCUUUGUUAGUGCUAAGCAUUCCACUAAAUCAGGCAUAGGGAACCAGCGGUAUAUACGCCUCAAUGAGAUCCAGCAGGGUUAUUCAUUUGGCUCAUGAAGCUGUUUCCUGCAAGCCACACUUACCUGUGCAUCAGCUGGUGUAAUUUAGGACAUGGAGUCAGGAAAAAAAAACAGCUCCCUACCAAAAGUGGGGUUUGCUGGCACUGUGAGUCAGAGGAUCGGCAAUGCUUUCAAACCUCUGCCACUUUUCCUUUGUGGCUUGAUUUCAAACCACGUGGGCAAAGGAAGACUUUACUAGAGAAAUGAGUAAAACAUAGGUAAAGUCACAUUUGCUCAUACAACUUUGAGUCUAUUCUUUAUUCCAUUCAUUCAUCCAUGCUUCCUUUCUUGUAAGGUUGAAAACAGCUACUCCAUUUCAGUUCCCAUCUUCAAACAAUUCCACAAGAACAUCAUUGGGAAAGGAGGUGCAAAUAUCAAAAAGGUGAGACUUCCUUGAUUCUUCCUUGCUAUCCUUGUAGUUUGUUACUUCUCAGUAUUUCUGAUACCUCCUGUUAGAUAUUUGGCCCAGGAGGCAGCCAUGUCUGUUCCUUUAACUUUUUUUUGGUCUUUGCUGUAGAUCCGUGAAGAAUGCAGCACCAAGAUUGAUCUCCCAGCAGAGAAUAGCAAUUCGGAGACAAUUAUCAUUACAGGGAAAAGAGCCAACUGUGAAGCUGCUCGCAAUCGAAUUCUCUCCAUCCAAAAAGAGUUGGUAAGACAAGCAGCCCUUUCAGCAUAAUGGCUAUUACCAAUUUCAGUAAAAAAAAGUUGCAUGCAGAUUGAUUCCGUUUCCUUAGAGAAAUCACAACUUUCUUGGGCAACGUCUUGGUUUUCUUGGGGGCAUGUCUGUUAGUUUUCCUUUUGGCUUUAUCGGACAUCACUCACCAAAUAUUCCAGGUGAACUGCCAUCCAGAAAUCAAAAGAUCUUGGUUGCCCCUCAGCUGUUCCUGAUAAAAGCCACAUAAUCAAAAGGUCACAAUGCUGGGAAGAUGUUUGGGCUUGUAUUACAGUAACCCUCAAGUGGAAAGGGAUUCUGGAGUAAACUCCAGAAGUCAAGUUUGAAGAGGUAGCAGUUCUGAGAAAUAAUCACACUGUUUAUUUGCAAGAGAGAUUUUGUGGUGAUGGCUUUGUGGGAGGUUUCUGUCAGUUACUGAUUUAGAGUUGCUCUUAACUCCUUGAAUCAUAGCAGUUUAGAUUCUGUGGAAGCUUUUUCUCAAGGGAUUCCCCGCCCCAUCUAGUACAGUGUGUGCUACAACUAAAAGCAACAACCCACUGAACACUAUAUACUAUGGAAACCCUUGUUGACUGACCAUAAAAUAAAUAUGUUUAUAUAGUACAUCUUCUACAGUAAACAUGUAGAAUGAACAUAGAGCCAGAAACUCUUCCAUUCUGAAAAUCUCAAAGUAUAUCUGAAACACAUUGCUUUGGCGCAAGGAUGGGGGACCUAUAGCCCACUGAUGCUGCUGUUUGACUACAAGUCCCAUUGGUCCCAACCAGCAUAACCAUAGGUGAUGAGGGAUAAUUAAAGUUGUAGUCUAAAGACAUUUGGAGGACUGUAGCUUUCACAUCCCUGCAUUUUCAGGAUGUCCUCUUGCCUGCUUUCCCCCUGGUACUGGAUCAGAAAUCUUUUAACUUUAAAUAGAAACCUCUCAGGCGAAAAGAAUUGUCAUGUCAUAUCUCUCCUCUCAUCGCUGGCAUGCAGAAAUUGAGCAGCCGGCCAGAUUUUGUGGCUAGCUCUUUAGGUAUUUGUUUGAAAGCAGCAGAGGUACGUUUUAAGCGAAGUGCUGUUGACGCUUCAGUUACUCUCUCCACUUCCCUUCUGCCACUUUCACCAGCAGCUGAGAAAAGAAAAGCCCAAACAGGUUGUUCUGUGUGCAUUUAAUAUGCAUUAAAUUGGGGACCUCUGUAAAAAAGAGAAGAAAGGGCAGGAUUUUUCAACUUACAUCCAUCUGAUCUGAGGUUUAAUAUGAAGGUAUCUCUGAAUAAUAGCUAUUCCUUUUACUGUGAGGAGGACACUCCCCUAGAACUCCGUGUUGAAGCACAUAGGCGUGCUUCUGUGGGGGUAGUGCUGCCUGAUGGAGUCAGUGACUGUCGUUUGCUGACACAUCCAGCUGGUUCCUGGCACGUGUCCCAGAUUCCCUCUGUCAGUCUUAGUUUUGAAUAAGAAAUAAUGGGGGUGGGAGGACUUCCUGAGCACAUAGUUGGGGAGAGGGAGUUCUUUGUGCCUUCCUACAAUUUCUCUGUAUGAGGGAAGAGGGGGAAAGCCUAAAUACCUCUUCUUUUCUGUCCGUGCCUCUCCCUGCCCCCUUGCUGUUGCCCCAGGCUAACAUUGCAGAGGUGGAGGUCUCCAUCCCUUCCAAGCUGCACAACUCGCUCAUUGGUGCCAAAGGUCGUUUCAUCCGCUCCAUCAUGGAGGAAUGCGGUGGGGUUCACAUCCACUUCCCCACAGAAGGCUCCGGCAGCGAUACAGUCACCAUCAGGGGCCCUGCCCAGGACGUUGAAAAGGCCAAGAAACAGCUCCUACAACUGGCAGAAGAGAAGGUAGGAACCGUGGAUGUGGAAAAAUAGGUGCUGCCGGCACAGUUCCUAUGGAUAAGCUUUGAAUUUGUGGUCACAAGGAAAUCACUGUGGCAAAAAUUUACACAUUUCCGGGGGGGGGGUGUUAACUUCUAAUAGGAAAUAAAGUUGGCAGUUGCUAGCCUAUUAUGCCAAACUCUGCUUCCAUUUUGUGGCUGGCUGUGCCCCAUAUCGUCAUAUUGUGACUGAUGGGCCUUAGAAAUUUUCAGCUCUCUCAAGUGAUCCCUGGGGAUAGAAAGUUUGAGAACUCCUAGUCUCUUCUAACUAGAAUUAGUGCUCCAGGGUCUCAGGCAUAGGUCUUGCCUGGACCUGCUACCUAAAGGCAUUUAACUAUGGACGCCAAGAUCAGACAUGCAAUGCAUUUACUCUGCCACUAAAAUAUGGCUGCUCCCUAAAUUUAUCCCUUUCCUGCUGAUAGCUAAUCCAACAGGAUUGCUAAAGGUGAUUGAGGAUUUAUUGUACGUUACUGUGCUAUGAAAAAGUUCUUCCUCGCUCCCUUUGUCUGGUGUUUGGAGCAGGGGAUCAUUGCUUUAAUAAUUGCAGCUGACUAUAUUUAUACUUGAAAGGGGGGGGCAACUUGAGCUGCUCCUUCCUUCUGUUGGAGACUCAGCUGGGUACGAAAGAAUAUGCAGCUUGUCUGGAAUUUUGGCUUCUCUUGGAGCCUUCAGAGCAACUUCCUGGAACUUUACAGGCCCAGGCUUCAUCCUGAGCUACUCAGAACUGACUCUCUUUGUUUACUAACUAAAUAAACACCCUUUACGUGCAAGUUCUUAGGUGCUGCUUUGAAAACAGCAUGUCCUAAAUCUGCAGAACAGGUGGAAUCUGCCUACACUGCAUUUAAUGGCAGGGCGUUUGCAAGCUGCUGUUGGGCUCCUCUGUCUAGCUAUACUGUCUCACUCCAUUUGUCUGCAGCCCUGAGGCUGGUCUCUCCACUAGAGGGAAAUUCAGAGCCAAUGCAGAAUCUCAAAGCACUUUCUUUGGCAUACUUUCCUGGUUUCUAGCAGACGAAGCAUUUUAUUUGUCUUUUACUACAUAUGCAGCUCUCAGUUCGUUCUUUGGUGCAGUUGAAGGUAGCCCUCGUAGCAACUCUCAGGGGUGGUUAAGAGUUGAGAGAAAGUGUCUUGUCCAAGGUCACAGUGAGUUUCAGGGAUUAAGCAGAGAUUUGAACAGAAGUCUUCUCUGGUUCUACUCUCCUCUGUACCACCCUUUGAGGGUGUGGUGGAAGAGUGCUGAAACGAUGGGGCAGAGUACUUUCUUUGCAUGCAAAAGGCUCCAGCGUCAGUUCCUGGCAUCUCCAGAUAGGGCAAGAAAGGGCUCGUUUCUGAAACAUUGGGGAGCCACCGCCAUUCACAGUAAAUGAUACGGAGCUAGGUAGACUAAUGGUCUAACUCUACGUCAAACAGCUUCCCAUGUUUUAUCAUUCUAACUUUAGAAAAAGUAUUCAUUGUACAUAUAUUUAGGGCGUGAUCCUCUCUAACAUGAGCACCCGCUGCACAUGCAUAGAGGGAUUGCUUAUAGAGCCAUUGGAAUAUUUCCUGUGACAAGCAAAGUAGCUAUAUGCAAACUUACUCAAUUUAGCAUGAUUUGUACAGAUAAUUUGACUUUUGCUGGACUGCAGUGUUUGUUUGUUUGUUUAAGUAUACAGGGCAGGAUUCACCUAACAAACCGUGUCAGCAGAAACCCUGUGCAAUGGUGCUCCCCUCCCCGUGUCCCCCCCCCAACUGAAUUUGGCUCUGGGGGUGUUAUGAAAAACCCCAGAGCAGUGCAGAGAGAGACCAUCUGUGCAAGCUAAUAUGCUUGUGACAGAUGGAACGUUUGUAAUAGUGCAACUCUGAAACCUGCCAACAGAGUUCUGCUUCUGUGUAUGAACAUUGCUUAACUCCUACCUUUCAUGCCUUGAAAAGGGCUUUUAACCUGAUUUAUUCCGAGCAUCUGGAUCUCAAAGCUGUUAACCUCCACAGAUUUUUCAGUAGGACUGUCAUAUUAGUUUUCUCCAGUAGAAAUGGCAACCAGAAUGUAAAUAAAUACCUCCAAAUCCUGAUGCGUUUAUUUUUGUUUAUUCCUGCUGUUUAGCAAACAAAGAGUUAUACUGUGGACUUGCGUGCCAAACCGGAGUACCACAAGUUCCUUAUUGGCAAAGGAGGCGGUAACAUUCGCAAGGUGCGUGAUAAUACUGGUGCCCGGAUUAUCUUCCCCACCUCGGAGGACAAAGAUCAGGAGCUGAUUACUAUCAUGGGAACAGAGGAAGCUGUCAAAGAGGCCCAGAAGGAGCUGGAAGUGCUCAUCAAGAACCUGGUGAGGAAAAGGAUCUUUUCAUUUGUCAAUAUGAAGGGAUAACCUUUUGAUGUUGACAUGUGGACUUAAGGGAGAUCAUUGCCCUGGAGAAUUUUCAGGCAGUGACGAUGCCUUGUGUGUUUCAGGACAAUGUGAUUGAAGAUUCCAUGACGGUGGACCCUAAGCAUCACCGGCACUUUGUCAUCCGGAAAGGGCAGGUGCUACGGACCAUUGCAGAGGAGUAUGGGGGUGUGAUGGUCAGCUUUCCACGCCCUGGCACACAGAGUGACAAGGUCACCCUUAAAGGAGCAAAGGACUGUGUGGAAGCGGCAAAGAAGCGCAUCUUGGAGAUCAUUGAUGACUUGGUGAGUGUCCAUGUUAGAGAGCCUCUCUUCCCCAUGGUCACUUUUUUUCUAGUCUAGGUGUUUUUGUUUCUGUUUUGGUCUAGCAUUUAUUAAAAAAAACAAAAACUGGGUGUAUCAUAAACUCUCAUAACACCUGAGAAACAAGCCUCUUUAGAUUCUAAGCUUUAGCUAAGAAUUCUUAAUUACUAAUUAUAGCCUUCUAAUUGCAGCCAAAGUAAAGAAAGGGUUUGCUGGAACAGUCUGACCGUGACGUGCAGGAACCUGCUCUUUGUGAUUUAAUUUCUUAUAACCCUGGCAUGUAUUUCCUAGCAGUCAUACUUUUCUUCCAUUAUUGCACACAUUAUAGUCAACAAACAAACAAUUCAUAAAUGCAGUACAGCAUGCAAUCUGAUCCUGGCAGAUUGUAUACAUAACCAAAAACCCCAUAGAACUUUGCUGUCCUAAGGACAGAGAUGAGAUUGUCAAGGAAAACAGAGACAUUCUAAAAGGAACAUUUGGCAGUAUUGGAAGGCACGCCGCAGAAGGACACUGUGAGAAGUUGAUAAAAAUCACAGUAAUAAAAAUGGUAUAACACACGAAUCUUCUGAAAAUAUUGAGCAGGAUUCACCUCAUCAGCAGGAGGGUGUCCUUUUGCCCAUAGGGCUGGGCCCCCUGAGAUUGGCUCUGGUGGGGUCAGGUCAUACCCUAAAACAGCACAUACAGGAAGUGAGGGAUCAUCUCACCCAGUAGAGUUUAAAACUGAUGUUAGUUACUUUGCGAGGCAAUCAUUAUCUGGAAAGUGGGAUAAAAACAGGAAUAAAUUCUUUUCUCCUCCCCCUAGGAAGCCCAGGUGACAAUAGAAUGCACCAUUCCUCAGAAGUAUCACCGCUCUAUUAUGGGCCCCAAAGGUUCCAGGAUCCAGCAGAUCACCCGUGACCAUGGUGUUCAGAUCAAAUUCCCAGACCGAGAGGAGAACGUGGGUACGAGAUCUUACAAGCCUGCCAGUAAAAGCAGGCACCCGCGGGGGGUGGGGUGGGGCAGGGAGCAACACAAAAGUGCCUCAUAUCUUCUGAGAUGCUUUCAGAGCUGUAAAAAUCUGUAACUGUGCUUGAGAAGGGAAAUGGCAAUUUUUCAUAGGUUUUUAUUUUUUUUAUGCAAUGCAAUUUCCUUAAACUCAGAUGUGUUGCCUUGGGAAUUGGCUAAAUGUGGCCUCCAUUUACUACAGACCUGUCUUAAGGGCAGCACACUUUCAGAGUUGGUUAAUUGUCUACCAAAAACCUAGGUAGAAAGGAAAACAUGGCAAACUCUUAAUGAUUCUGUGCCUCUCCAAAUAAGGCUAUCCCAUCACACAUUGAGAACUGACUAUUUAGGUGGGUAAUUCUUUGUAGUUCAUUUAUGAGCAGUAGGCCACAUCCAAGAUGUCAGCCAGCCAGGCAUCACUACUGGGAAACCGUAUAAACUUGGUGUGGAAGUUGCAUUUUUAACAGAGGAUAAUGAUAGGUGGCACUUGAGACAGGGCUUUUCUAUGAUCUGCCUAGGCCAGGAAUUUUACAGUGAGAACAAUCCAUACCCUUGGGUGCCCUGGAGAUAAGAAGCCGGCAACUUCAGGCUAACCAGUUGAAAAUGUAGUCACUCUUCUCACCUCUGUGAUCAUAGCUCCCACUGCAGAGUCGCCAGCCCAGGAGAAUGGCAAAGAGGGUGGAGAAGGGAAGGAGAACAAAGAAACAGAUCCUGGCUCCCCAAAGAAAUGUGAUACUAUCAUAAUCUCUGGUCGUCGAGAGAAGUGUGAGGCAGCAAAAGAAGCCCUGCAGGUAAGAUUAUUUGUUGGCUGCUAUGCCCUGAAAAAAUACAGCUUUGCUUACUAGGUGCUGUAAAAUGGCCCAGCCAUAUUUUGCUCAUAAGGAUCUUUUAAUUGUACAUGGCUCCCGGGACCGCUUAAUUGACUAUUAAAUAAUUUCCACUGAAGAAGCAGAAUGUUGACCUGAGUGGAAAAGGUAAAUAAUUGACCUCUUGAGGUGAUUAGCUGUGGGACAUUACCCACACUCAGUAUCUUGAAUAUUAUUUUACUCUACGGCUUUGGUUUGACAGCUUCACAUGUUGCUGGGGUGAGAGUUUGCUUGGUGGGUUCUGGACAAGUACUUGUUGGCAAAGUGAUUCUUUUGCUUAUAAGUUCUGCAGCUGGUGUAAUUUCAGCCUUUCCUCUUCAGGCCCUGGUUCCAGUUACCAUUGAAGUAGAAGUUCCUUUCGACCUUCAUCGUUUCAUCAUUGGUCAGAAGGGCGUUGGAAUCAGGAAAAUGAUGGACGAGUUUGAGGUGAGCAGGCUCUCUGUUGACUCCUUCCUUUUUUGGGCUUUGGAGAACAGAUAGGCCAAAAUACGAAUACCUCUCUUACUGAUUAUCCUAAUGUUGAAACAGUCUUAAGACCACUAAAGAGGUCAAGCACAAUUUUUCCUCCAUCUGCUUGCACAUGCACCUGAGAUGUACAAUAACAUCUUUCCUAUUGUUCAUUGUAGUGUUUUUUUGUGCUACAAAGAACUAAAGUAGCCUGUAUAAACCCAGCAAUGAUACAUUAAGGGUGGUGUUUUUGGGUGGGUUUUCUCCCCCAAUUUUAAGUACUUGCGAAUUCCAGUUUUUUGAAGAAAUAUUGAUUGUGAAGGUUAUGGGUGGCUGCAAAGAUGCUCCUAUACAACAACUGCCCAGUCCUGACAUAAUGAUAGCUGCCUGGAAUUUUUUGUAGGUGAACAUCCAAGUCCCUGCCCCAGAGCUUCAGUCUGACAUCAUCUCUAUCAGUGGGCUUGCUGCUAACCUGGACCGUGCCAAGGCCAGACUUCUUGAGAGGGUGAAGGAGCUGCAAGCUGAGCAAGAGGAUCGGGUAUGUGUUGUGCCAGAACUAUUGUGAUUUGUCAGUCUCUCCCAGCUGCCUUGUCAUAUUAAAAACAAUUAAAAGAUCUAUAUUUUAGUCCUGCUUUAUUUAAGAGUGGUGCUGUGGGAAGAGACUGGGGGAUCUUGUCAGCAGCCUUAAGCAGGAUGAGUUAAUGCAGACAAUGCUUUAAUGCCUAAUGUUGGAAGGUGAGGAGUGUGGCUCUCUGUAGUUCUGGGUUAGUAAGUAUUCCUGCCAUGCAGUCACUGUUGUUGUCUUAGCACUGCCUCAAUUGGCAGAACUUGCAGUUGAAGCUUAGACUGAAGUCCCAGACCAUGUACCAAAACAACAUUUCUGAAUCAUGAAAUUUUGAGUCUGGUUGCAAGGAAAAGCUUGGUGUGGGCAUGAAGAGAUGGUAUGAAGCAAAACAAAGGAGGAAAAGUGAGCCAAGGGCUUUAAUAAUUUGGAGCAUGAGAAUUAGGAGUAAUAAGAUUUAAAUCUAUGGGUUGUGGGUAGCGCUGUGGUCUAAACCACAGAGCCCUAGGGCUUGCUGAUCAGAAGGUUGGCGGUUUUAAUCCCUGCAAUGGGGUGAGCUCCUGUUACUCGGUCCCAGCUCCUGCCAACCUAACAGUUCAAAAGCAAGUCAAGUGCAAGUAGAUAAAUAGGUACCGCUCCGGCGGGAAGGUAAACGGCAUUUCUGUGCGCUGCUCUGGUUCGCCAGAAGCAGCUUAGUGAUGCUGGCCACAUGACCCAGAAGCUGUACGCCGGCUCCCUUGGCCAAUAAAGCGAAAUGAGUGCACAACCCCAGAGUCAUUCGCGACUGGACAUAACGGUCAGGGGUACCUUUACCUUUACCUUUUAAGAUUUAAAUCUAAGAGGUUUAUAUCACAUCGCUGCCACCUAGAAGAGAGUGGAAGGCUAAGGCAAAAGUAUUCUCCCAAUAUGGGAGAGACAACAGGAGGCAGGGAUGCUCUGUGGGCUUGUAAGAUAAUACUUCUUAUGAAGACCAGUGUUUACAAUGCAAGGUGCAAGUUUUUUUGUGAUUCAGGUCCAAUGUUCCAAUAAGUUUUCUAAAAAUUAAAACCAUGUGAGCAAGGGCUUGAUAUUAAGGCAUUAUCAGCUCCAGGUGAUGGGAGUUAAACAUAUUUUUUACUAUCGUAUGAGGACUCCUCUGUUAUGUAGCUAAAUCUGACAUUUACCAAAGUUGGAUACAAAUAAUUCACCUAAUUAGAGGCAGCAGCUGUGCAGAUCCUUAAAAACAUCCCUCUUGAUCGUUCUAGGCUUUGCGAAAUUUUAAGCUGACUGUUGCUGUGGAGCCCAGAUACCACCCUAAAAUCAUUGGCAGGAAAGGGGCUGUGAUCACUCAAAUCCGCACAGAGCAUGAUGUCACUAUACAGUUUCCAGAUAAGGAUGAUGAAUCUCAGGUGAGGAACUCUGGGAGAGCGGCUGGUAUGGGGGAGGCUGUUUACACACAUCCACAGAAUGGAGAGGGCUUUCCUUUGAGCAGAGCUCCAAUGAGCACCAUCUGCUCAAUUUCCCUCAUGGCCUCUUUGGCGGCCUUGUCGGGCUGUUGGCCCUUGCUUGCCGCAGAGGCCUGUGUUAUGUGCUGCUGUCUUUAGGGGCCUGGGACUAACUCUUCAAACUUCCGCCUCAGUCCCAGGAUCAGAUCACCAUCACUGGUUAUGAGAAGAAUACUGAAUCUGCCCGAGAUGCCAUCAUGAAGAUUGUUGGUGAAUUGGAGCAGAUGGUAUCUGAGGACAUCACUCUGGACCAUCGUGUUCACGCCCGCAUUAUCGGAGCGCGGGGGAAAGCCAUCCGCAAGAUCAUGGAUGAGUUCAAGGUAUGUAAAGGGCACAUGGUAUCUGAUAGACAUAUGGUGUCAUCUGUGACAACAGAGGUGUUUAUUUUUGCUGAGUGUAAUGAAUGCAUUCAAGAACCCUGGCACUUGGUUGGUUGUGCAGAGAGAUUAUGAGUACAGUCUUACCUUGGUUGUUGAACGCCUUGGACGUUUUGGCUCAUGAACACUGCAAACCCAGAAGUGAGUGUUCUGGUUUGUGAAUAUUUUUGGAAGCCGAACGUCCGACGUGGCUUCCGCAGCUUCUGAUUGGCUGCAGGAGUUCCCUGCAGCCAAUCAGAAGCCACACUUUGCUUUCCGAACAUUUUGGAAGUCAAACGGACUUCCGGAACAGAUUCCGUUCGACUUCCAAUGUACAACUGUAGUGAGAAAAUAACUUAGUGGCUGCCCAGACAUGCACCCUUGCUUUUAGUAGUAACUGUAGAUGGUCUUCAAACACCUUUAAGAGCAUGUCAGGAAAAAAUGCUGAUGAUUCAACUGAAUUGCACAAGACAGGACUUCCACUCAGUCACUGCACAGAAACAAAAUCUGUACAACUGUGAAAAUAUGACUACAACUUGAUUUAUAUGCCAGGGAUAGGGAAUAGGGAAUAUAUGCCAGGGAUAGGGAACAGUUCCCAUCGUCCCUGAUUGUCCCAUGCAGGCUGGGUGUGAUGGGAGUUGUAGUUCAACAACAUCUUGAAGACUACAGAUUCUCCCAUCGCUAUUAUAUGGGGACCUAAACAAAUUAAGCCAGGCCUCUCAAUAUUCUGGUAUUGUCUUCAUCACUCUGCUUUCUCUAGCCUUCUGGUGUAUGGCAUGCAGGGAAAUGAGACAAUUAAAGACCUAUUUUCUCUUAAUUUGUUAGCUGAUCUGAAAUCUUUGUCAUUCCAGGUGGACAUCCGCUUCCCCCAGAGUGGAGCUGCUGAUCCAAAUUGUGUGACUGUGACUGGACUCCCUGAGAAUGUGGAGGAAGCCAUUGAUCAUAUCCUGAACCUGGAGGAGGAAUAUGUGAGUGUCAGAGUUCUUAAAUCCAGGUAGUUUUUAGUACUUGAGAGAAGCCAGUAUGUGGACCUUCCAAACUUCUCAGCUUGCUUCUUAUGUAUACACCACAUAUGGGUGAUAUCAAGAAAAUACUGCUCCUUUUGCAGUGUGUGUGUGUGGGAAAUACACAUGAAUUUGUGCUGCGAUAAACAUCUCUAACUUGGAUUGUAUGGUGUUGCAGCUGGCAGAUGUGGUGGACAAUGAGGCAAUGCAAGUCUACAUGAAACCACCUGCUCAUGGGGAAGCUAAGGCUGCAUCAAAGGGAUUUGUGGUGAGAGAUGCCCCCUGGACACCAGGAAACACAGAGAAGGUAGGUGCUGCUUCCUUGAUAGUUACUCUUUGUACUGAAAGGAUGGCCAGGACUUUGGCUGGAGAGAUGAGUCCUCUCAUUAUGAAGUUAAGAGUCAGUCCUCUUAUUAGUGUGUAGAGUGAAAAAGGAGGAAAAAGAAAAAGGGAAAAUGGAGUGGUGCGAGAGACUCUGCCAUCACUUUUGUUGUCAUAAUGCUCGUAUCCGGUUAGGGGGCCAGCACACGGGUGCAAAAUGGGCUAUGGAAGUCGAUACACACCUGACCCCUGAAAAACGCAAUACCUAUGCCCCUCUCUUCUGUCAUCCUUUCUUUUUAUUAUCCUUUUUCUCUCUUCCCAAUACCUGCCCUCCAACAGUGUCUGUUUCCCCCUAGCUGCCAGGAAUUUUUGCACUACAACCUGAGGCACUAGGCCAGAUACAUCUUACCUAGCCAAUUACUCCUCCCAGUGCCACUCAUAAAAAAACUGUAAAUUGCCAAUGGGUUAUGAACACUGGUGUGGAUUAUUGCAACCUCCACCAUCCUGCUUCUGCAUCAUACUACUGUAGAACUCUAUUCUAUAUCCUCAUUCCCUGCAGGCAGGGUAGCUGCCACGGAAAGAGGGGUGCAGGGCAGUUGGGCCUGAUGCUGUCACAUGAUGGCAGUGAGACCAAGCCAGCUUUAGCCUGGAGAGUUCUCUCUCUCCAGUCCAAACCCUCCACCCAGCCCAUUUGAAGGGAGGUUUGUAUUGCUCUGCCCCUCAUUCUUGAGUGUGCAGCUGGUUUUUUUAAAAGGCUCAUCUUGGAAGAGGCCGCUUUACUAUUGUUGGAAAAAUCUUCCCUCAAGCUGUCUGUAGUAGCAGUGGAUGAGACACUACCUCCAAAGCUUAUCAUUCUUGGUGCAUUUUCGGGGCUGGUAGUGAUCUGUAGAGAAGUUAAGUUCCUCUUCAUAUACAGUCAGUGAUGUUGUUUAAUGCAGCAAUAGCACUUGUACUAGUUAUGGUUUUGGCUUUUGUUUCCUUACAGGCCCCUGACAUGACCAGUUCUGAAGAUUUCCCAAGUUUUGGAGCUCAGGUGGCCCCCAAAACUCUACCUUGGGGUCCUAAGCGGUAAUAGCGUGGAAGCAGCAAUCUUGUCCAGCCACCUGCCACAAGGUUUCCUUUCUGAAUUCUGAUCUAGUGGCUGGAUCCAGUGCAGAUUGCCCAUGGGGGUCUCUUAAUGAAACUAGAGUGCUACCCCUUUUGAGGUUCUCUGUUGUCCCUGCGCUUAGGCCUCACUAUGCUUCAGUUUGACUCUUUCCUUUCUCCUUGCCCUGGAAGAAACUUUCCACGUAGAUUCCAACCUAAAACACAUACCCUUUUUUUUUUUUUGCCUUUCAACUUUUCACUCAAUCUCAUGUUGGCCAUGGUGUAGUAACCAAACCUCCCAGGUACACCUUGCAAAAAGCACUCUAGGCUCCAUUAGGAGAUCUCCUCACUGCAGCUAGGAAUCUACUUCCUGUCUCUCAACCUCAGGAAAUGCAUUUCCUCAACUUUCUACAAAGCCAAAAUAUUUGCUCUUUCCCCCUCCUGCCCUGUUUCCCCAAGGCCUUACCUUUGUAGAGUGCAAUCAACUUUUCCCUUUCAACUGCCAAACAAAAAACAAAACACGCACCCAUCUAAUACUGCUAUGGGAGAGGAAACUGGCCAGAAUGGAUAGGUGGAGGUUCAGCCUGGAGAUACGGCCCCAGGAAGCACUAAGAGGGGCAUAACCCUUGCUGUGUUAGUCUGCAUCGCUGAGUGUACCAAAAUUCUCCCCUUGUUGGUGUGAGUAUUGAAUCGCGGCUCAUCACCAGUGUUUGGACACGUACACUCUUUUUUGUUCUCCCUUCCCAGCAGUAGUAUGGCUGAGUGGAACCAGAAAACUGACAGUAUUAUUGGGUCUAACAAAACUUGGUUCAACCAAAAGUGCCAUGGUAGCAUGUCACAGAAGAUGGUGAGCUAUUAGUGUGGUGUUAGAGGGUACAUUACUCUUUCUCCCUCCCCAGGCUUGAUAGUGAUGGCAUUUAAAUACCAGGGUUCAGAGUGUGUCUUUUUUGCUUUUUACUAUUGCCUUCUUUCUACCUCAAGCCAGAAUGACAGUGGCCUGCUUCUUCAGUCAAGCCCCUCUUGCUUCCUGUUAUCAUGACUGUUGUUCCUCUGUGAGCAGAGGGAUCUGUGUGUGGCUUCAGCCUGGCUACAUGCCAUCAAACAUCCCCUCCUACUAAGAUGGUCUUAACCACCGUCACAUAAUUUGGCCUGUAGUCUUGUGACAAAAGGUUAGGCCUUGGGGAGGGAGGCAGGUAAGGAGUGGCUCUCACUUAAAUUGAAGAAGCUGGAUUGCAGUUCAGUCUUAAAUCAAGCCUCUCUUGGAGGGGAGGAGAGAAUACCUACAUUCAGCAAAGGCCUUUCUGUAGUCUGGCAGCAAAUGUUUUUGUCCUUUUGUCAUGUCCCUCAUACAACAGUAGUUUCUGCAUUCUAGCUGCUGCCAUAAACCGAUACAAGGCUGCUUGUAUUAAAGCUGCUCUUCCAGCCAUUACAUGGUAUAUAUAUAUAUAUAUAUAUAUCUUUUCUGCCGAAGGUGCUGGUGCCAGGGCUGGUCUGGUGCCAACUCUGCUCUCUGCCUACUGCCUCCCUUCCCCUCCAAAGAGCUUUUCUGAGCCAUUAGCUAAGAACCGAACCCCAGGAUUGCUUAUGCCCCCGUUAAUACAUACUGGGAAAAGGUCUGCAAGGCUCUUGUCUUUCUUGACCGCUAGCCCAACAGGAAGGAAAGCCUCUUUCUUUCAGUAAACCUAGCUGAAGGGAGGAGAGAUUUGUUUCUCUAUGCUAAUUCCACUUGGGGCAGGACAAGCCCUCUUACUAUCUGAGCAGGAGACAAACAGGGUAGUAGUGUUUUAAUGUAUUGCCAGUAGUAUACCUGGUGUCUGAAUGUCAGUCACAUCACUUGCACAUGUGUUUUUAGGCUUCAACUGCCAUUGAGCAUGGCCCCCCAACCCAGCCAUUUGUUCAAACUGUUGAGAGUACUCUACCCCCUCUGUCCCAUGUAGUCUGCAGCAGAUGCUCUGCGGAGGUGUGCUCCAUGUCCUCUUAAUGUCUUCCAUAUUAUGUUUCCAUGGCAAUGAUCCCUUGGCCUUAACUUUGGAAUUUGGAGAUUAUAUGCAAAACAUGUAUAAAGGCUCAUGAGUAUGGAUGACACUGGAAUUUUAUAAAUUCUAAAAAAAUAAAAUAAAACCUGAAACAGCUUUUGA